GGAGCCUGAUGCUGGUGUGUGGGAGCGAUAAAACACAUAUAAUAAAUAUUUAUUUAUUUAUUUAUUUAUUUAUUUAUUUCGGUAGAGUGAUAUGCACACCCGCUCCCACAUGCAAGGAAAAGAUCGGCGACUCAGGUCUUUAUAACGACCCAAUCCUACUUUUCCCCAUAUUUUAUAGGUGGAUUUCCUCCCCCCCCCCUUCUUCUUUUAAAGCAUUUUAGUGGCUCCUUCUACCCAGGGAGUGAAGUCCGGACAGGUUGUUAUAGCUACCCUGAGCCACAGGGGUCCCCCCUGUCUAUUUAAACCCCCUAAAUCUUCCUUUCCCCUUUUCUUCUUCUCCGCCCCCCCUUUUCUUAAACCAACCCCCCUCUCUACUUCCCAUCCUCCCCACCCCUCCGGGGGCUGGUGGGCCAACAUGUCCUUAAUGAGUAUUAAAACACUAUCUCUUCGCAAUUAGCUCAUUCCUUCGCCUGGCUUGCUGGAUUGACGCACAGCGCAGAAGGAGCUGGAGAAGCCCCGGCAAUUUCCCCUUUGGCGAUAAGUGCUGAUUGGGUCUCUCGCUCAAGCAAGCCUGCUCCAAACUUUUUUCUUCUUCUCCCUCCUCUCUCCCCUGCUAAAUGUUUGCCUUUAGUGUCUCUUGGCUGCGAGAAGAGGGAUUUCCCCCCCCUUAAAAAACCCACCUCUCCGAUAUUUAUUUUUUUCUUAUUUAUUGUUUUCGUCUUCUUUGAGAGAGAAGACGAGAAAGAAGAUAAUUUCUAUAUAGAUAUUUCUAUAUACCUAUAUACAUCCAUAGAUAGAUAUAUACAGGGAGAACUAGCUACCUGCUUGGGCUGGGUUGGUUUUUAUUUUUUUCUGGGGGGUGGGGGUAUUUUCUCCGCCCCCCUCCCCUGCAUCCAAGAAGAGAAAGUUGGACGUUUUGCUGGUUUUAGAGGGGGGAGAUAUUAACAGGCCUUUUUUGCCAACUUUUGGGGGGCGAGAUGGCCCUUUUGGGAUAUUUCCUGUUUCUUUGUGGGUUGACCCAAGGUCUCUCAAGCUAUCCCAUCUGGUGGUAAGUUGACUUUCUUAUUGAUUGAUUAUCUGGGGGGUAGGGUGAACCCCUUUUUCUCCCUCUAGCGCUCGCUUUUCAAAGAGAUGUCGGAUCCCUCCCGUUCCCGAAUAUGUUGAAUGUGGAGGGAAAAGAGAUUGUGGUUCCUAAAAGGGUUUUUUUAAGAACGCACUCCCCAGCCCCUGUCGAAAGUCUUUUUAUUUAUUUAAGCUGUAUGUUUAUUUUGACUGUGUUAGCCCUGAUCUACCGUUCUCCUACUGUAAAGUUAAAAAAAAACCAAGAACCUGAAAAGGUGGGGAGGGGGUGAGAGAGAGAGAGAGAGAGAAGAGAUCAGAGUUGCAGGGUUGUGUGUUUUUUUAAAAAAAACUUGCUUUGAUCCUCUCCUGCCAAGAACAAAAGGUACUGAGUGAAUUAAACAGAUAAUGAUACAAGUCGACACGAGUUUUUCAAGGUGAUUUUAAGCUAGUCAUGUGGAAGGAGAGGAGGAGGAAAGCAAACGCUCUCCGACAAGAGGAAUAUAUAUAUGUAUAGAUUGACGUGCAAAAUAAUGUGUACGUGUGUGUUUUAAAAGCACGAGCAAAAUAUUGUACAAGCGCGCAAAAGAUAUAUUUUUUUCCGUGGCGACAGAGAUGGACUUGCCUUCCCCUUGGUAAGGUGGGAGCCUCCCCGCCCGCUUCUUAAAUAACAACAAAAACAACAACCGACAAUCAUGGGAUCUUGAAACUUGGAACGAAAUUCCUAAAUAUUGUGCCUGGAUGAAAUUCUGUCAACAUGUGGGUGCCAGGACCUGCGUCAAUGCUCUUUCGGUAGAACUGAGAGGUGUGUGUCUGUAGAUACCUAUCGCCAAAAUAUACACAGAUUUUCCUUGGUCUCUAUAGUGGCUGCAGGCAGAUUCAGUGGAGACAGGGCAUCAUCUACACCCCCCCCCCAAAAAAAUCCUCUAUUCCGAUUUGAGACAGUGAAGGUUCUUAAGCACUCAGUGCAGAGAUAUGGACCCUGUAUCUAGAUCCCUAAUUACCCGGCGUCCUUUCUCCUUCGGUAUAUCAGAGAUGGUCCUACUUGGGUUCUUAGGCUAUUCGAUCCCUCUUUUACGCCUGGGUCGAGGCGCCUUUCGGAUCCGGCUCUUCUUCCAAGGAAACGGCUGAGAGCCUUGUGCGACUCGCUGGUUCAGUCCUGGAAAAGGAUCGCCUUUUCUCUCUUUCUGUCCGGGGAGCCGCGCCAGGCUGCACAGAGACUGUAGGCGGAGGCGUUUGAAAUUGACCAGCGUCGAACUAAAGACUUCGGGAAGGGAGGCGAAAUUGACUCGGGCUUGCGCGGGUGUCCGGAAGGCAAAGCCUCUUUUCCUCUCUCCACCCCACCCCGCCCCCGUCCCGCAACCAUUCCCAAUGAUUCCUGGAAGCAAAGAGAAACGCGACCAAGAAGGAAAUGUGAUUGUGGGGUGGUGGCGAAAGGUUAGGCAAAGAUGAGGGUUUGGUGGGGGGAAAGGAUUGCCCUCGGAAUGGAGAAACCAUCAAGACUCUUAAAUGAAUGGCUGUCAGACGCUCGCUUCCUUCAUCAAAGCGCAGAGCGCUCGCCCAGUUGGUGUUAAUGUUUCUGAUAAAAAGUCUGGGAAAGGUAACUGGGAAAAGCUAGCGACGCUGCGCCCUGCCCCUUUAAAAGCUCGGAUUUGGGGCUUUUUGCGGCCAAAUGUGAAGGGACUAAAGGAGAGAGAGACUUGGAGAGAGAGAGAGGAGAGUUAGGCGCGCGGGCGUGUUGCGGCACAUCAGCCCGAUCGGCGGUAAUUACAGACUCCAGGGAGUCGGGAAGGAGGAAGGAGGCGGCGGCGGCGGCGAAGCCACCGCGGUCGUUCGCGGGCUUCAGCCGGGCGAAAAGUGCGCCCCCGAGCCGAGCGCCGCAGGAGCGAACCCGAGAGAAGGCUUCGAGGGGGGCGGGUAGCGCUCUUCGCCGGCCGGGGCGCGCAUUCCCACGAGCGCAGAGGGAAUCGAGGCCUUGGCGAGCGCUGCAAGUUCUUACUAGAGGCUGGGGGCGUUCCUGGAAUUUUAAUAGCCCUCCGCCACCCCCAUCCCCGGAGGUAUUGCCUGAGCGCCACCGACUAGCCAGCUGCAGAGCCGAGUCUUGUGUCGAGUCGCCCCGCAGGCAACCCCACACAGAAGCCCCACACACGCACGUGCUCCCGGCAGAGGCUCCGCUGCAGCAGUUGGUGCAGUCGGUAGAAUAAAGCGGCAUAAGGUUUCGCGGACUGGGACACUUUAGGCAGCCGUGGGGAUGGGGAGGAAGGGGAAUGGACCCGCACGACCGUCGUCCCGCCGGCAAAUUUCCUUGCACAUCCAAAAACAGCACCGUCUUCGGGAGUACAAGGGUGUGUGUGUGUAAGAGGGAGAGAGCGCAAACCGAGCGUGCAAACCUCCCCACCGCCCAAGUGGUGCAGUCCGGGGUUAGCUUCACCACUUGCUCGCAGCCUGCGCAUAAAAAGGCCCUCUGUGCGCAAAUCCACCUGCCUGUUUGUAGCUCAGAUGCCCUUUCUUAAAAUGUUAAAAAGUGUGUAAAAGGUCUAAACUAAAGGCAGUUGGUUUACACGUACAUAGAUGGUUUCCUGGUUUCUCAGUGUUCUGCUUCUGGGGAUAACCUUUAGGACAUUUUAAAAAUUAAAUUAGAUUUGGAUCUCAUGAGUGAUGCCCUGUGUCAGAUAUAGGCAGGCGUGAGCAUUGGCGAAGACGGUUUUUGCAGAGCAUCUAUGCACAUCGUAUUAAAAUAUUAAGUCCGGCUGCUGUCUGAAACACAGGACAAUAUAAGGGAUGGAUAUUCAUUUCGUUAGGGUGAGCUAAAGACAGAAGAAGAUACACUCGAUCAAUCUCUUUUUUUUAUGCGGUCAUAAAGCCGAACAAGCUGAUACCCUAGCAAAAGUCUGUGUAGGGAAUACAGGAAGAGCUUCUGCUGGUGUACAAAAACACAAUUUCCCUUGCACACACUUUAAAAAAAAAAAAGCCGAUGUAGUCUCCUUAAGCCACCUUGCUUUUUAAAAUCCACAGGAAAGGACAAAACUGGCAUCUCCUAAAAAACUCGUGUCUGUGUUUGUACUCACCACUCGUCUUUAUGUCAAAAUGCGGGGCGGAGAACUAGGGUCACCCAGAUUCCCAGAGGAAACAGAAGGGAGUUAAGACAGUUUCUUGAGAGUAAUUCAGUACUCAGGUGUAUAAUGAAUUACUGCUUCUACAGCUCUGUAUAUGUGUGUGGGACAGUGGCGGAUUGAAGCACACUUGACUUGCACGUUCAGUUUUCAUUGAAAACAACAGACCAUUCCUUGCAAGUAACCGUGUUUAUGAGGAUCAGCUUACAAAGGCUCCUUUUAUAGCAGGUCCGAAAGUGGUUACAGAAUUUUGAGGGCUUUUUAUACAUUGUUUGUGUGUGUGUUUUAGAGGCACGUAUAAGGCAAUUUGAAAGAAGCGGCUCCCUUUACUAGCAAUGCAAUCCUUUACAUGUCUACUCAGAAGUAAAUCGAUUCAAUUCAAUAGGAAUUGCUCCCGGGUUAGUAAGCAUAUGAUUGCAGCCUAAAUGAUCAGCAAUAUGUGCGAGAUUGCAAAUACGACUUCGACCCAAAAUCCAAAAUACUGUACUUAAAAAAUCGCUUACAAACAUUCCCUCCCCCCUUCGGAAAGAAUUCCAAAGAACAUUCGUUUUUUUCCAUUCCUUAAAGAACGAUAUUUAAUUAAUAUAUAGGAAAGUGGGUGGGCAGGGGGAAGGAGGGAGAAUCUCUUCUUUUAGAAAAUAAGAUCGAUUAAGGCUGCAAUCCUAUAGCCAAUAAGGCUUGCUUCUGAGUAGACCCAUAAAGGAACGCGCUGCGGGGAGAAAGUAGCAAGGCGGGCGUGUGAAGAGGGAACGCGGUUGAGGAAAAGGCCACUGUGUCUGUCAAGCGCGUUUGUUUUGUCUGGACUCCUAUAAUGUACACGUCUCUGAACAUACAUUCUCUCUCUCUCUCUCUCUCUCUCUCUCUCUCUCUCAUUUUCUUUCGGGGGGGGGGGAGGCGGGCGUCGUCGUCGGCAGAAUUCCCCAAAUAGUUCAGGUAUGACAGAGGGCACAAGAUAAUAAAAUGUAAAUAUUAAAUCCUUGAUAAGACAGGUUACCUCGCACACCUGGGCUGCAAGUAACGUGGGGGGAGGGAAAGCAAGUAGCUACGCAUUUAUUCAAAUUCGAAGAAAGCCCCAAUAAGCGAAGCCCUUCAAUUUCACUAUAAAUGCCCCCCCCCCAAAAAAAAACCCUAUGGAAAGCGACAAGGAAGAAGAGGGCAAUUUCCUUAUAUUUUCGCUCAACCCGCCCCCUAUCCCGCCCUAAAAAAUAUGGGUUACGACCCUACACACAUUUAUCUAGGAGUAAGUGUCAUUGAACUCAGUGGGCUUACUUCUGAGUAGGCAUGGCUAGACUUGCACUUGCAAGUCAAGACCAGAAUCUUCAGUGCAAGCGUGAUCUUUACAGGGCAAUCCUAAUCAGAUUUAUUCAGAAGGAAAUCUUUCGGAUCCUGGGAUUUAUUUUCCAGAUAAAUAUGUUCAGAACUGCAGCUUCUGUUUCUUAAGGCGGGAGUCCAAACCUGCCUGGAAAUGAUACUCGCUGUCUUUGCUCCCAGUCUGCAAAUGAGAUGGCAGUGUUUAGCCGGCAAGCGCUCUGCACAUGCUCAAAGGCACUAAAAUCAGAUUGAAAUGCUGAAAUCAAAGUUUAUUUUAUACUCCUCGCCGUCCAAAACAGGUUACAUAGCGAACAAUUUACAUUAAGCAUCUCCGCCAUGCCAUCAAACACGCACUGUAUUAAUUUUAUUUAUGGGGUAGAGAGCUCUGAAAUCUUAACUAGUGUUCUUCCAAACUGGGGUGGUUGGGGUAUCGUGGCGAAGCUCUCCAUCAAGGUAUAAACCAGCGAAAUAGGUGCCCCAGUUUACGGUGUGUCUGGAAGCCUUAGUACAUUUGCACCUUUUCACACGUGACGUCUGUUUGCUUGUUUAAAAUCGUGUGCGUUGCAAAUGCAAACCCAUUGUCAACAAAAACAUACAUUUUAGAGUCUUUUCACACCCUAUGCUAAAAGUGACUUUGAAGCUCUGCUAUUUGUGGCACGUGUGGAUGUUGUUAAUCCGAGCAAGAAAGCUGAGUGGUUGUAUCGAAGCCAUACACUGUAGCCAAGGUUCUACAACUCCGUUACAGACCGACUGAAGGAAAAAGCUCCCUUUCUUCACGUGCUAUCCCAUUCACACGUGUAGUAAACAGGCAAUAUCCUUUUGGGGGCACGUGAGAAUGCAGACUUCAGGUGUUGAAACCUGGCUAUUGUUUUUGAUAGAAGACUAGUAGAUUUCAUUGAACUGCGGUUUUUUUCUUUACUACCGUCUGCCCCUUUUAAAACUGGCUCAGACCUGCUGUAAUAAAUAAAACCCUGUUUCAAAAUAAAAUAAAAACCAAAGGACGGGAGGAACUCAGAUUUGUAAAGUAACCACUCAUAUUAAAUUCAGGGAGCUUAUCUCAUAUCUCAUCCUCCUAAACAUGAUUGCUUGGGAAUAAGUAGACUGGAGGGCACAGUUUUAAUGUUCAGAUCCAAACGUUCCCAUUUAGGAUUACACUCCAUUGAAACCUACUAGACUUAUAUCCAAGUUAGGACAAAAUCCUUGCCAUGCACACUUCCUUGAGAGUCAAUAACCCUCAUGGAUGAAUGCAGUGGGAUUUACUUUCGAGUAAACACACACUAGACCUGACCGCGUCUGCCUUUGGAAUCUUCAGUGAAAUGUCACAUUCAGAAGAAUUCUAAACUCUUGGAAUGUGAUCGGGACCAUUUUGGGGGGAAACAUGAUAAGUUCCACUUAGUUCACUUACACAGGAGUAAACCUCAAGAAUUUAACCAACAACUUCUGAUCAUCUGACUGGCCACUGUGAGAAGAGGGUGAUGGACUAGGUGGGCCCUUAGUCUGAUUCAGCAGACUCUUCUUGUGAGUAGACAUCAUUGCUGUGAGCCGCUGGUCUAUAAAUUGAAAUAAUGGGAUCCCUUUAGAGAGUACCUUUGCUCACACCCAGCCUGAUCCUAUGCAUGUUUAUUCCCACUGGGUUCAGAAGUAACACAGCAUCAUAAGCAUUGCAACUCAGAAGAAGGUCUUAUUGAAUUGAACGGGUCUAGGAUUGUAGCCCAGAAAUCCUCCGCUUUCGUACCCCAGUUCCGUAUUCUCUAAAAGCGGUUGUAAAAGUCACACUCCUCAUUAGCAGCCCUCAUCACCUUUGUCCAAACCCUCCUCUCCCCCAAAACCCAGCCAUUUCCAUUUGAUUUAGGAACCUUAUCCAAACCAUUUCAGCAGCAAGAUCCACAAACAGCUUUUUGUUUUUGUUUUAACUGGCCUGAGUGGAAAAAAUCCAGCAAAACCAAGGCUGCCAUUCCGUCACCGCCACCACCCCGCAAAAAAGCGAAAACAUUUUAAUUUCACAAUCAUAAUAUAAUAAUCCCUGUAGCACCUGCCUCUAGAAACCCGUGCUAUUUUUAUUAACGCAUCUGGAGUCACGCCUCUUUUGAUUUAUUAUUUUUUUAAGAACAAAUUGUAGGGUGUUUUUUUUAAGAACAAAGACGUUUUCUCUUAUAGAAAAAGCAGAGAAAGAGAGAGAGAGAGAGAGAGAGAGAGAGAGAGAGAGAGAGAGAGAAGGCCAUCAAAUCUUGCAUCUCUUGGUGUGCAUAUUUCUUCUCCAUCAGACCAAGAUUUGAACUGCAAAGGGCGGAGGGGGGCGUGUCUGGAGGUGGAUGUUGUGGAAAAUGCAGUCACCUGCCUGCUGAGCAGCCACCCCCACACACCUAAUUUGUUUCCCUGUGUAAACUAGUUUCUGGAUAGUUAAUGACAUUUAAUUAUUAUUUUUGGGUGUGUGUGCUUGUGUGAAUAGGCAAACUGUCCUGGACAGUUAGUUAAUCCAGCUUCUUUUACCCUUUCCCCAUUUCAGCUCUGUGUGUGCACAUCUGCCUUAGCGAGUUGGGUUGGAGCCCAGGUCACACGGAAUUCUCUCGGAAUUCUCCACCCUGUUUUGUGGGCAUGGAAACUUGGGGGACCAGUUCACCCCAUUUUUCUCCAGAAAUGGAGGAGAAACUGUCCCAACAGUUUCCAUUUUGGGGUUUAGCAGGAAGUACUUUUUACAGAGCACAUAAAUUAUGGAACUUGCUCUCACAUGGAGCAGGGAUGGCCACCAACUUGAAUGGCUUUUACAAGAGGAUUUAGACAAAUUCAUGGACGAGGGGAGAGUGCUCUUGCGCUCAAAUCCUGUUUGCAGGCUUCCCACAAUGGGCAGCUGCUUGGCCAAUGUGAGAACAGGAUACAGUGGUACCUCAGGUUAAGUACUUAAUUCAUUCCAGAGGUCCGUUCUUAACCUGAAACUGUUCUUAACCUGAAGCACCACUUUAGCUAAUGGGGCCUCCCGCUGCCGCCAGAGCACAAUUUCUGUUCUCAUCCUGAAGCAAAGUUCUUAACCUGAAGCACUAUUUCUGGGUUAGCGGAGUCUGUAACCUGAAGCAUAUGUAACCUGAAGCGUAUGUAACCUGAUGUACCACUGUACUGGACUGGAUAGGCCACUGGCAUUAUCCAGCAGGCUAUUCUUAUGUUCUUAUGUUCCCCUUCCAGCUGUGACACCAGCUGCAACCAUGUUGGCAUCCCAUGGACAUCAUUUUGCAUCAUCUGUAAGGCCCAGGACCCUGGCUUCAUUCCUGGCAUGGAGAGUGGAUGAGAAUGGUCUCUGUCACCAAAACAUGGUUGAGACUAUUCAGAGUAAAAACCGAAAAAUUGCCCUUUUCUGGGGGGGGGGGGAAUAAAAAUAUCAUAAAUGUUCUCAAGAAACACAUUCUCUGAGAAGCUUCUUCUCAGCUCUACGCUGGUGGAAAGCUUAGUCCUUUGCACAAAUCCUAGAGAUUAAGGCUGUACAUAGCCCCUCCCCCCUUUGCCAACCUAGCAGUUCGAAAGCACAAAGUGCAAGUAGAUAAAUAGGUACUGCUCCGGUGGGAAAGUAAACGGUGUUUCCGUGCGCUGCUGUGGUUCGCCAGAAGUAGCUUAGUCAUGCUGGCCACAUGACCUGGAAGCUGUACGCUGGCUCCCUUGGCCAAUAAAGCGAGAUGAGUGCCGCAACCCCAGAGUCGGCCACGACUGAACCUAAUGGUCAGGGGUCCCUUUACCUUUAAGCUGCACUGAACUCAGUAAGAGUUACUUUUGAGUAGCCUUAGACUAGCAUUAAACUCAGUGGGACAAGAGCAACUGUGCACAGGGUUGUUUGACACAGCUGGAUUAGUAGUGUUGAGUGCAGAAUUAAGAUCUGCUUUGUACCCAAUAUUUAUUCAUCCAGCAGCAGUAGAUCCAGGAAACACACUGGAUGUUGUUAUGGCAGUCAGCGGUUUGCCCCCUAGCAUUUUGUCCAGAAAGAUUCAAACAUUUUUCCUCUGAGGGAUUCUAGGAUUGGCCAGCAAGUGUUCUAGUAAGUAGCCAAGUUUCUCAAAAACUCACCAGGGACCAGCCAUCUCUGCUAUGUCAAGAGAUUUUGCUCAAAGUGAAAAUUGUGAAUUGAAACCUGAGGACUUUCCCCUUUCAAAAUAUCUGAGGAAUUUUGUGAGAAGCUCCCCCUCCCCCCCAAAAAAAGAUGGAGGGAAGGGAAAGCAAGCAUAAGAAGAGUCCUGUAGCUUCAGGCCAAAGGCCCAUCUAGUCCUGUAUCAUGCUCUCACAGUGACCAACCAUUCACCAUGGAUAUUUUGUUAACCCUGUUGAUGGACUAUUGCAUGGAAUAGUUAAAUAGUUGAUCUAUUAGAUUCACUCCUACAAGCUAAAGCGAUGGCCAACAACUGGGGUAGCUUUAAACGAAAACUUGACAAAUCCAUAGAGAAUUCCCCCUCUGAGUGCACAGAGUUCUUCUAAACUAUCAAUUUGAACUGGGUACCACCUUUUGAAAAGGGACGCGGGUGGCGCUGUGGGUUAAACCACAGAGCCUAGAACUUGCCGAUCAGAAGGUCGGCAGUUUGAAUCCCCGUGACGGGGUGAGCUCCAGUUGCUCGGUCCCUGCUCCUGCCAACCUAGCAGUUUGAAAGCACGUCAAAGUGCAAGUAGAUAAAUAGGUACCGCUCCAGCGGGAAGGUAAACAUGUGCUGCUCUGGUUUGCCAGAAGUGGCUUAGUCAUGCUGGCCACAUGACCCGGAAGCUGUACGCCGGCUCCCUCGGCCAAUAAAGCGAGAUGAGCGCUGCAACCCCAGAGUCGGCCACGACUGGACCUAAUGGUCAGGGGUUCCUUUACCUUUACCUACCACCUUCUGAAGGGAGCCAGCGGUGUGAGCUGCAUGCACUGAGUCCGUUGCUGGGUGCAUGGGUGGUGCUGGAGGCUCUUGUCAAAGCCUCCAGAUUUGACUGUAGCAUGGGAAACUCUGCAGCCAGGAUCUGACACCUCAAACAACCUUCUCUGGUUCUACCUUGACCCGGAUUGUGGGCCAGGGGAAGAGCAAAUGAAGGUGACUUGAGGGAACCAGAUGACUGGAAGUGGUUCUCCAUGGUUCCAGGACAGGGGUUUCUCGCAGCCCUACCUGGAGAUGCCACUGCUUGAACCCAGGACCAUCAGCAUGCAAGUCAGCUGCAGUACCACUCAGCUACAGCCCUUCUCCAUACAAGGAAGAUAGUGAUCUGCCUUGCACCACCAGAAUGUUGGUCCAUCUUGCUCAGUAUGGUCUGCACUGACCAGCAGCGGUUCUCUAGGGUCCCAGGACAGGAGUCUUUCCCAGCCCACCCUGGAGAUGCCAGAGGUUGAACGGCCCUUACCUGAAGUAUUCCCAUCAAAGGUAUGCAUUAAGUUGAAGGAGUUAGAAUCACUCUUUCUGGAACUAUUUAAAACUGGAUAGGACAAAGCCCUAAAGAAUUUACAGUAGGAAACACGUCCCCGGGGAGAAUGGAACGCAUGAGCUCAUCGUAAGCCUUCCACACUCUGUGCUCAGGUAUGUGAGUCAGGGAAGGAAAUGUCUUUUUAAGUUUAUGGGAGCUGCAAUGUUGUCACAAAACAGAGGCUAGGUAGGGAUCACAGCAAGUGCCAUACCUUUGUAAAGGGUGAUGGUUAUGUUUUGCCUCCACUGUUGGAGGCAGAAAUGCAAUUCUGAGUUUCAGUUGCAAGAAACUGCAGGAGGGAUGUGUGUGGGUGUGUGUCCUUGCAUUCAUGUCUUGCUUGCAGGCUUCACAUGGGCAUCUGGCUCGUCACUGUGAGAACGGGAUCCUGGACUAAACGUGCCACUGCUCUGAUCCACCAAGGCUUUUCUCACAUCCUUAGGAGAACAGCAAUCCUCAGGAAAAGAAAGAACACAACAUCUUUUCUGGAGAUGUCUCUACAUUGGUUCCUGUUCCUAGAAUGCAUGGUUUGAGUAACAAGCCUGCUGACCUGAAAAGGACUUUAUGAGCCAUAAUAAUAGCAUUUACCAAACAUUUCACAAGCACGUGUCGCAAAGGGGAAAUCCUCUCUGAGUCACACUGCAUCAUGUUUGGAUGGCUGAGGUUUUUACUCCCACCAGGUGUGCAGGUGCUGGGGCACCUGAAUGAGAAUAUGGCAUUCCAUGGUCCGUCCACAGACACCGCUGGGAUGUUUCUUAAGCUAGGCCUGUGCUUUGCAGAAACCUGGCCUCUGUCUUGUCGAAAGCUUCCUCCCUCCCCCCAAAGAGGUUUCCAUUUUUUGGCCUCCUUUUUCAGGCACUUAAGAAUUUCUUUAGAGGGUUUUGAGUUCCCCUUAUCAUUAAAAGGCAAAUUGGGGGUAGGGUUGCUAGACAUCUGGAGUUGACCUGAAGCUUCCAAAUUUGCCUGGCCCCCACCAGGUGGCAGAGGGAGGGCUUGAAUCUCGAGGUGGACAGGAGUGUCUUUAAGUUUAAAAAAAACAUUAAGAAGGCUAUGCAUACAACUUGCAAGCUUCAGCCAAUUAUUCCAUCGUCUCGGGGAGGUGGGAUCUAUCCUCUUCUGCUCCCUCCUCCCCUCUCCCAAUUAACCUCCAUCUCCAGGGCUCAGUGGUGAGAGGGAGAACAGAGGAAGAAUCGUUACAGCUCACCCCCAUAAUAUCAUUAGGGGAUGCCCCUAGGUCUCAUGUUUGUGCCCUGAAAUUUGAGGGUCUGGGCUGCUCCUGAGCUGGCAACCUGGCAACUGGCGGUGGUGUGUAGUAUAAGCUGCCUUAUAAUAAUUCAGACUAUUGAUCCAUCUAGCUCAGUAUUGUUUUCACUGAGUGGCAGUGACUCUUCAGAGUUCCAGACAACGGUACCUCCAAAUGCUACCCGGAGAUGCUGGGGUUUGAACCUAAGACCUUCUGCAUGAAAGUCAGAUGCUCUGCUACUGAGCUACAGUCCUUCCCAAUGUGUUUGUUUGGUCAACCUGCCCAGCCAGUAUGGUUAAUGGUGGGGGGGGGGUGAUGAGAAUUGUGGUCCAGCAAUGUCUGGAGGGCCACAGGUUCUCCAUUCCUCCUGUAAAAAGAAUCGCCAGCUCUCUGCAGCCUCCCUGCCUGCCUAAUCUGGAAAAGCCCCAGGGUAGGAGUUAUUUAGUAAUGUCUUUCCAUUUUCUUUAAUGGAAGUACACGCACCCAGUAAGGCUGCUGAGGGCAGACAAAUAGUGAGAUGAUUUGUAGAAUGAAAGGAAGGACACUCACAAACACCCCACAUCCAUAUUAUGGGGCCCAGAAUGGAGCUAUACAAACAUACAGACACAGGGACAUUGCAAUGAGAACAAAACCUGUCCUUGGGGAGAGGCUGCCAUUUGCCUCUGAAUAUGGAGUGUAGCAGGCACCUUGCAUCCUAUGCCAGGGGGUGUCUGCAUCACACAGACCUGCCCAUCAGAGUGACAGGCAUUUCACUAACUGAAACUGCAAAGGCAUGACUGCAACGAAGGCUUUGUGCGUUGCUCUUUUCCGACAGUGUGGAGCUAAAUGCUGGCAUCAUCUUCCAGUGUGGAAUGAAAAGCGGUUAAUAGCUGUCUUCAGUUGAUGUUGGCAAGCAGACAGAGUGGGCCACCUCCAUCGCUAUUAUGAUAUCAGCUUAGCUCUAACAAAGUCAUAUUAAGUUACAGCACGGAGGUGUCUGUGCCAAGGAGCGAGCUACUGAUAUACGCCAUUAAUUUGUGGGUUUUCCUCCACAUUCUGGCGCUGCCGAGACCUAGUCUUCCUAAGGGCCUCCACAAAGCAGUUUGCCACACGGGGUGGGUGGACCUUCCUGUCCCCUCCAGGAAGCAAAGCAGAGAAACAAAAAUUUAAAAUUAAAUGCUAUGAGGAAACCAAACCCACCCCACCAUUUAUGAUUGAGAAGCUGAAUGUUGGGAGAUUCAGAACAUAUAAAAGAAAGUAUUUCUUCAUGCAGUGCAUUUUUAAACUAUGGAACUUGCUUCCAGAAGAAGCAGUGAUGGGCACGAAUUUGGAUGGCUUUAAAAGAGGAUUGGACAAAUUCAUGGAGGAGAAAGCUAUCGAGGGUUGCUAGCAGUGCCGGAUUUAUGUAUAGGCUAAGUAGGCUGAAGCCUAGGGCCUUAGAUGCAUUUUCUUUAAGAGAUAAGUUUAGGAUAAAAUCCUUUAUUCCUAUAUUCCUAUAUUAGAUGCACUUGAAGCCAAUUUAAAAAGAAGUACUGUGUACAGUGAUGUUGCACAAUUGUUUUCUAUUCUUGCUCCUCUGAAAGCAUCUAAGCAAGAAAUUUAGCAAGGUGUUGAACUGUUGAUGGAAGCAUACCCAGAAGAUAUGGACCUAAAACUUAUUUAAUUUUGCACUUUCACCUGUACGUGAGACAAAGCCAUAGGCUUACAGCAGACCACUCUCUGUCUCAUACAGACCUUUAUAAAAUUAUAUACAAGGAAAAAAUUCAGGUGGCCUUUCCUAAUGUGGAAGCAAUCUUGCGGCUAUUUCUUAGCUUUAUGGUCACUAACUGCUCAGGAGAGAGGAGUUUUUCAAGAUUCAAAAGAAUUAAAAAUGAAUUAAGGGUCACGAUGUCUCAAGAGAGGUUGUGCGCACCGAGCAUUCUGUACAUUGAAAGUGACAAACUUAGACAAUUUUUGAUGAAGUUUUCUAAUAUCCUUUAGAGGAGAAAAUGUGAAUUGCAGAAUUUUAAACACCCAUAAUCACCCUUGGCUUCAGUUUUGUUUAUAACCCUUCCAUUUUCUUCUAGUUGUGGGGGUGGGGGGCUCACAAGUGGAGUAGCCUAGAGUCUCUCUUCAUCUAAAUCCGGCCCUGGUUGCUAGACACGAUGGCUAUGCUCUGCCUCCUUGGCAGAGGCAGUAAUGCUUCUGAAUAACAGUUGUUGGGAGCCAUAGGGGGGAAGAGUGGUCAGAUCCCGCAUGUGGGAUUCCCACUGCUGGUCACUGGGAGAACAGGAUGGUAGACUUGUUGGGCCAUUAGCCUAAUUAAGCAGGCUUAUAUUCUUAAUGCAAGCAAUUAUGGAACAUUUUCACCAACUGGAAACCAAAGUUGUGUAAGGACACUGGGCAUAAUCCGGCAAAGUGUGAAUGAACUAUGGAAUGGAGCUGAGGACAGGGUAGAGGACUUAGCCAUGAUUUGGUGCCAUAGCUCAGUGGUAGAGCAUCUGCUGUGAACGGUCACAGGUUCCAUCCCCAACAUCUCCAACUAGGAUUGAAGGAGAAUGCUCCCUGAAACCCUGGAGAGCCACUGCAUGUCCAUGUAGACAAUAGUGAGCCUGAUGAACCAAUGGUCUGACUUGGUAUAAGGUAGCUUCCUAUGUUCCUAACAAAUAUCUCAUUUCUUUCAUUGGCACUUAAUAGUGAUCAGUUUUUCAGGACUGUGCUGCAUUAGUUCUCUGGAGCAACAAGAAGACACACACUUACCCCUAUCAUUAACAUAACACUAUUCAAGUACAUUGGUAGUGUGGCAAUGAUACAAAUGUAAUGAAGAUGAAGGUGUGGAGGACUUCAGAUGUUGCUGAACUACAGCUCCCAUCAGCCCCAGUAAACAUGAUUGACAGCCAGGGAUUAUGGGGGUUGUAAUUCAGCAACAUCAGGAAAGCUGAAGUCCACACCUAGGGUAUCUCUUCUGCUUCUCUCCUCCUAAGUGCAGUUAUCUCCAAAGCAUGGCCUCAUGCAAGUUAAUGGAAUGGUGAAAUUGACUAAACCAGACAAGUUUGGUCUAGGCAAUUUCAUGCAUCAGGGGAAAUUCAAGUUUGCUGAACAUCCUCUACAGCUUGAACAAUCCACACAAGUGUGGAUAUGAGGAUCAGUGAACUAUACUAAUUAUUGUAAUUGUGAAACUAGAACAUUACUGGUGUAAGGGCAAUUUCCAUGAGUGCUAUGUGUAGUUGAGUGCAUUGUAAUGUUGCGAAAACAACUCUCAUUGAUGUUGAAUGUCCAGUCAAGUGCAAUAAUACAGGUGCAUAAAUUUUUGUGUGUGUGUUCAGGACACUCCCAAACCAUGAAAUGUUCCCAGAAAGAAGCGUCUCAUGAAAGAUAUAGCAAUCUGCUGUGGGCAAAAAUCCAGUUUGAUUGGUAGAGGUCAAGGGUCUUUGAGUGACCUUGCAUGACCUCAGUGACUUACUUUCCAUCUUCUGUUUCCUGCUUGGAUUAUCCACCUUUCCCCAAACUGCUUCUAUGUAGCUGGGCUUUGGUUUCUAUCUUCCCUUUAACUCAAAGACUCUCUGUUGAAGAAAAGGGUGAUAUGGAUCCUCUAUUCCAUAUCACUUUCUAACACCUCUAUACUGCUGUCUGUGCUGUUAUCUGGACAAAAAGAUUGGAACAGGGGAGGUGUUGUGUGGAUUUGAGUGGCUAAGCUUAAUAGACCUGAUCUAUCAGCUGUAUGAUUCCUUAGAGCUGCUGCAGAUAGUGGCAAAGACAGUAAACUAAGAGAUUCUGAAUUCUAAUCUCAGGGACUCAGAAGAUGGUCUUAGAACAACCUUGACUGCUGAGCCUCAACCUCCCAGCUGCAGUAUGCUACUGGCUGACCUGCCAGGGUGAUUUCUGUUUGUUAGGAUUACCAAAAGAAUAUGUGUGAAGUGCUCUGAAAACAUUCAAGUAUUGGAUAGGUAAAAGGUAAAGGGACCCCUGACCAUUAGGUCCAGUUGUGGCUGACUCUGGGGUUGCGGCGCUCAUCUCGCUUUACUGGCCGAGGGAGCCGGCGUACAGCUUCCGGGUCAUGUGGCCAGCAUGACUAAGCCGCUUCUGGCGAACCAGAGCAGCGCACGGAAACACCGUUUACCUUCCCGCUGGAGUGGUACCUAGUUAUCUACUUGCGCUUUGACGUGCUUUCGAACUGCUAGGUUGGCAGGAGCAGGGACCGAGCAACGGGAGCUCACCCCGUCGCGGGGAUUCGAACCACCAACCUUCUGAUCGGCAAGUCCUAGGCUCUGUGGUUUAAUCCACAGUGCCACCCGCGUGCCUUCUCAAGUAUUAGAUAGAUGCCGUGUUAUUAAUUAUAAUACUGUGCCCUCCAAAAGUGGGAUUCUAUCAGGGCCAGGCCACCGAUGAGGCAAGAUGAGUUGACUGCCUUAUGCAGCAGGAUCCAUAGGAGCAUCAGAUCCUAAUGUAUCUCUUUUAUUUUCCCCUGCCAUUGUUCUGAUGUAGGUCUUCACACACUCCUUCUUUCCAGCUGGGAAGGGGGCUCCAUUUUGUGAUUGGGCUGUCCCCAAAUUCUACUACAUGUGUACAUCCUGCAACUUAAACAAUUUACAUACAUUUCCUUAACUUGUGUAAUAUCUGCAGCUUCUGAGGGAUUUUUUUGGGGGGGGGUUGGGGAGCAAUAAGGAACACAGGUCACAGAAGCCUCAUUUUCCAAGCACUUCACUCUCUGGUUCCAGAGACUAUCCCAGCCAUUGCCAAGACACUUUGAAGUUUACAGUAAGCAUAAGGAAACAUAAGAAGAGCCUUCUGGAUCAGGCCCGUGUCCCACCUAGCCUAGCAUCCUGUUCUCACAGUGGCCAACCAGAUGCCAAUUAUGGGAAGCUUGCAGGCAGGAACUGAGGUUUCCAGCAAGUGAGAUUCAGAAGCUCUCCUGCCUCCAUUUGUGGAGGCAAUCACAGCCCUCAUAGCUUCUCUGCAUGUAUUUUCAGGGAAUCCUGAAUCUGUUUUGUGAAUCGGUUUUUGGACUGAAUACAGAUUUCUGCGGGAUGCGGGUGGCGCUGUGGGUUAAAGCACAGAGCCUAGGACUUGCCGAUCAGAAGGUCGGCGGUUCGAAUCCCUGCGACGGGGUGAGCUCCCGUUGCUCGGUCCCUGCUCCUGCCAACCUAGCAGUUCGAAAGCACCUCAAAGGGCAAGUAGAUAAAUAGGUACCACUCCAGCGGGAAGGUAAACGGCGUUUCCGUGCGCUGCUCUAGUUCGCCAGAAGCGGCUUAGUCAUGCUGGCCACAUGACCCGGAAGCUGUACGCCGGCACCCUCGGCCAAUAAAGCGAGAUGAGCGCUGCAACCCCAGAGUCGGCCACGACUGGACCUAAUAGUUAGGGGUCCCUUUACCUUUAGCUUACAGAUUUCUGCAAGGAGAUCAUUGCUGCAUUUUCUUGCAAUGCAGAGAUCAUGUAAACAACAGACAAGCCACCCCACAAUGCUAUAUUACAUGGAACUAAAUCCCGUUUAUCCUCUCUCCCGAUGUGUGUGUGAGGGUGAGUAUAACUUGCACCCGACCCUUGUUUGUGAUCUAUUAUCAUGUGAUGGUUUGGCCGAGCUACACAUAUUUUGCUCUUUGAAAUUCCUCAUCCCCUCUGGCCUUGCUUUCAGCACCUUGAACUCCCUCCAGUCUGUCUGCACCUAUCUGGCAACAACACAAACGCGGAGUCAAAUGCAACCAUCCCAGGUGCAAAAAUCCUUAACUACAAAGCUUGGGGGCCUCCGUCCUGGUCUACGAAGGGCCUCUUAGAAGCUGCAGGGGGGAAUUAUGGUGGGUAAAAAACUGGGCUGUUGUAGUUAAUGCUGCACAAGAUACUUCAUCUGCAAUGGAGGCUCUCUUCUGUGGCAGGGAUGGGGGAUCUGUGGUCCUCCAGCUCACACUCACCAGUCCCAGACAGCAUAGCUAACGGUCCGGGAUGUUGGGAGCUGACCUCCAGCAACAUCUUCUCCACCACUGCUUUGUUCUUUGAGCCAUGGUGGUUAUGUAUGGGGGGGGGUAUGGCUGGGCCAAUCAAGGCCACCACAUUUUAAACUGUAGCCACUAUUGUGACUUUUUAUUUUAUCUGUUAUGAGUAGGGUUGAGUAGGGAGGAUUCCAGAGGAAACAGGAAAACAGGAGCCCAAAUUGCCAGUGUUUGGUUAUUGAUCCCAUGUCUGGAAUGGAAAUCAAUCUGUUGUUGCUUUCUGCCCACAAGCAAUAUGGGUUAAUUGAUUACAUCCUCUGCCCCAUUUACACUGGGCUUCCCUUGCCUUGAAACUAAUGGAGUGGAAUAAUGUAAUGACAAUGUUAAGUUACAUGAUUUUGCUGCAAUGGACAGCACAAUGAAUUGACCUAGUUUUUUUGAUGAAAGGCGAAUUGCAGGAGAACAGAAACCCCGCUGCAGGCAUGUGGUGAAUGCAGGGCAGAAUGGAAAAUGUUGCUUUCUUACGUCUCUAGUCAUCCAUGUUUAUUGCCAUCAUCAAUAGCUCUUGUGAGGGUGAGCCCCCUAGUUUAAUUAUGGGCUAUGUAAAUAGGUACUUUCUUUGAUUGUUCCUUCCAACAUUCAGCUUCACCGGGUGCAAGUAUAGUGGGGGAGGGAGGAAAAAAUCAAUGGAGGAAAGAAUCAUGUUGUUGUUGUUGUUGUUGUACUAUUUAUAUAGCAACUUGUUGUUGUACUAUUUAUAUAGCACCAUCCGUGCUCAUUGUGCUUUACAUACAACACGUCCAUGAGGACAAAGGGGUUGGUAGAAAUAUUCCUAUGGGGCACAGAACCCGAAUUGUUUUAUUUAUUUAUUUUUGAAUUCAUAUCCUGCUUUUCAUCAUGUAGGCCUCAAAGCAGCUUUCAACAAUAAAAUAAGCAACAUAUAAAAUUUAAAACAUAAAUAGAACUUUCAAUAUUUAAAACCUCAUUUUUUAAUAUAUUUUUUAAAAUGUAAACAUCUGAGAAGCAUGCAGGGUGCAAAGGCCUCCUGAAAGAAAACAGUUUUGACCAGGUAUCUGAAACUCACUAGGGAUAAUGUCUAACAUUCUGUAGAGCUGGGCCCCAGCUGUUUCUGGGUGUGUAAUGAAUUUAUGGGGAAAUGAGUUGAGUGGAGGAUAUUAAUUUGGGAAAUCAAUUUAAUUUCAGAAAUUUUUAAGAGAUGAUUUGUGGGGGCUAGUGAAAUGGGGUGAAAUGAAGAGGAAUUGAAUUGAAUCGAGGCAGCGUCUGUUGGGAAUUAAUUGGGAGUAAAUGAAUGGAAGAAGAAUUCUAUCAGAGUGGGAUGUAACCGAACUGAAGAAUUUACCUGAUUUGGAGAGGUAAAUUACUUGGGUUGCUUCUGUAUUAUCAAUAUGUGUGUGUGUGUGUGUGUGUGUUUAUAAGCAUAUGCCAGUUGUGUGCACAUUUGUAUCUAUCAGCCCAUGCCCUGAAUCUUUUAAGUAGUAAUACUCUUUCCCGAUGAGCUUACAAUCUAAAAUUAGAGACAGGGUUGUGGGUGUACACCGAAAUGGAGGGAGGGGGAGGGGAGGCAGGGGUAAAUAUUGGGGAGGCAAUGCAUGGUUGUAUCAGUUGCCCAUGCUUUUAAAGGGUUCAUCCACACUUCCGCUUGUGUUGUGCCUAGAAAGUAUGGGUCCAAGCAGUUUCUCCCUUGCUCUGCUCCUUUCCAUGGGAAAACCCACUCUUUAGCAUUAGAUUGGAACAAAUGGCAAUCUGGGGGAAACCCAAAUUGCCAUUUUCUCCGGUUGAGCGCUAAAGAGUAGUUUCCCCUGGGGAAAAGCAGCAGGACAAGUGGAGGUGUGGAUAAGCCAAAGUUUAGGGAAUUUGCAGACGGAUGCAGAAAUGUCAUGGAACUUAAGACUGUAAGAAUGAGAAACUGAGAGAAACAGAAACUGACAGAUUUGUCCAUCCUGAUACACAACCAGUGAAGAGCUUCCGGUGUGAAAUUCAGGGAAAGGGUUUCCUUGGGAGAAGGUCCAAUUUCCAGGCAGAUUUGAAACUCAGGACUUUUAAUUUCAAACAAUAAAACCUGCAAGGUAUCCAUCAUGGACAUAGUUUGGGAGCCGCUGGAGAUGAGCUGCAGGCACAGCGUCAAGGCCACCGCAGAGAGGGAAUUUCACAAGAGGUUGCUCUUUGGAAAUUUCCAAUCCAAAGUUUAAAGCACCUGGGGACCUGGUCUCUCAGUGAAGCAUCCGAAUAAUUUUGGGUGCUUAUCUCAAAAUGCCCCAAACUUCAUUGACUUUCAUCAUUUGAUCUUUGCAAAAGGACCCAAAGGGAGAAAUAACUGCAUUGACAGAAGACAGAAAACUCUCAUGAAUGGCAAGAUUUUGCUACAGGCUGUUUCUAUCCUUUUCAAAAAUCCAUAUCAGAUAGAUAACAAUAAAGGACACAUAUUUUAGCUCAGGUGAUCAGCCUUACAGUUCAGGUGGUUAUCAAAUUAUCUGGCUGCAUUUCACAUGUCUGUGGGCCCAUCACACAUGGAGAGGAGCUAGAGUUCUAUGAUUUGGCAUCCGCAGCUUUCUCGCUAAAAGCUGGUAACCAGGCUUCUAGCCCUCAGGGUGGUGAUGGUAAGUCCAGUGUGUUUCUUGAGUUUGGGAAGAAUUAAAACUUGUAAUAAUUGUUGUAAAAAUCUCAGAAGAGCUUUUUCUGACGAGAUCUUUAACUCUACUCCUGUUGGAGGAUUGUCCCAUGUUCAGAAGGAUGUGGCACAACGACAGACUGAAGUUAAGAUGUUCUGGCUCACUGUAUGAAGUCCAUGAUCAUCCCUGCCUAGGUGUGUCUGGCACCUUCAUUGUAUAGCUGUUGUCGUAUACGCUGAAGAUGUGCCUCUUUACCCUGGAUAUCACAUUCACACCAUACAUUUAAAUGAAGUGGCUUCCCUGAGAGAAGCCUGCAAACUCUAGUUUACCCUUCACAGAGCUACAAUUCCCAGCACCUUUAACAAAUGACAGUUUCCAGGAUUUUACGGGGAUGCAGUGCUUUAAACAUGCUAUAGAUGUGUGUGUGUGUGUGUGUGUGUUUAGUGGCUUAUUUUUAUUGAACUCCAGAGUUUAACUAUGUGCUGUGUGAAUAGAUGCUUUCUCUUGCCUCUCUUGAAUUUUUCAGCAUGUGUUAUUUUAAAAAGGUAAAGGACCCCUGACAGUUAAGUCCAGUCACGAACGACUCUGGGGUUGCAGUGCUCAUCUUGCUUUACUGGCCGAGGGAGCCGGCGUUUAUCCGCAGACAGUUUUUCUGGGCCAUGUGGCCAGCAUGACUAAGCCGCUUUUGGUGAAACCAGAGCAGCACACGGAAACGCCGUUUACCUUCCUGCUGGAGAGGUACCUAUUUAUCUACUUGCACUUUGACGUGCUUUCGAACUGCUAGGUUGGCAGGAGCUGGGACUGAGCAAUGGGAGCUCACUCCGUCAUGGGGAUUCAAACCGCCGACCUUCCGAUCAGCAAACCCUAGGCUCAGUGGUUUAGACCACAACGCCACCCGCGUCCCUCAUGUGUUAUUUUAGUUGGCUGCAAUACCAGUAGGCUGGCCAUGUGUCCUUCAUUAGAGGAGCAGUCUCUACCUACAUUGAAAGUCUGGCAAGAGGACAUUAUAAUGAUGGGGUGGGAUUGAGUUGUCUCACUCUAAAUGCUGAGCGCUGACUGUGGCCCUUUUAUAAAAAGAAACAGUCUGGAAAGGGCUUAUAUGGCUGGAAGCUAUGGGGAGGCUUAUCCAAUGCUCAUCUGGGCAGCUAUUUAUGACAGGACAUGCUUACUGGAUCAUUCCGCUUAUCUUAACGCUUUGCCCCCCCCCAAGGAUGUUUUGCGGGGGGUGGGCAGUUGUUGAUUGCAUACAGUGGUACCUCGGGUUAAGUACUUAAUUCAUUCCAGAGGUCCGUUCUUAACCUGAAGCACCACUUUAGCUAAUGGGGCCUCCUGCUGCCACCGUGCCGCCGGAGCACGAUUUCUGUUCUCAUCCUGAAGCAAAGUUCUUAACCUGAAGCACUAUUUCUGGGUUAGCGGAGUCUGUAACCUGAAGCGUAUGUAACCUGAGGUAUCACUGUACAUUGGGAAGAAGAAGAGUUUGGAUUUGAUAUCCCGCCUUUCACUCCCUUUAAGGAGUCUCAAAGCGGCCAACAUUCUCCUUUCCCUUCCUCCCCCACAACAAACACUCUGUGAGAUGAGUGGGGCUGAGAGACUUCAAAGAAGUGUGACUGGCCCAAGGUCACCCAGCAGCUGCAUGUGGAGGAGCGGAGAUUCAAACCCGGUUCCCCAGAUUACGAGACUACCGCUCUUAACCACUACACCACACUGGCUCUCAGUUCAUGAUGCUGUGUGGUGCUUGAGCAUGGAUCCUGGAGAUCUGAGUUGGGAAGAGGAGAGAGGGAGUCUGGGUCAGGAGAAAGUAGUAAGGGUUUGUUGAGGCCAGAGGUAAUCUGGAACUAGGGGUGAGGAGAAAUAUGAUUCCGUUUACAUUUAAAGGUGAACCUGCUGAAUUCACCCUUUCCAAAGCAGCCAUCCUUCAAAAUCCACACUUUGCUGAAUUUUGCAAUGCAGUUCUCUGGGCAAGUAAUGUGUACAAAAAUGCAUAUAGAAGUGUCCAUUAAAAUGAGUAACUGAAAGGAAACAUUAUUUUAAGGAAAUUGCUUUGCAUGAAUGUGACUAUUAGGCAGAACUGCAUACAAACAUGUACAUAUGAGGAGAAAUCCACACUAAAAUACUGAUGAAUUUUUGUGAGGACUUUUUAAAAAUGCAGACUGAUGAAGAAAUAUGAAGAACUGAAGUUUAGAAACUGAAAAUAAAGCAGUCUAACGGAUGGUGCAGGGAAUCCUGCAAAAUCCAUGUCAAUGGAGCUCCAGCAAUGUAAGCAAAUGUAUGAUUUGCACAAGAUGCUUAAUUUCAAUCAACGUCUGGGCUGAAUGGUUGAUUAAUAUGCCCGUUAACAGAAUAAUCAGUUGUUCAGUUGAUUACAUCAAAAUAUAUCUGCCAGCACUUCAAUUAACAUGUCUUUUAAGCACAACUAAAGAAGAAUAGGAACUUUCCCUUGAUUUCCAAACUUCAGACUAUAAGUGCCAAUAAAUAUGGAGCCAAAACAGCACCAUCCCAAGCACAAGAGAAAGAAAUCGGCAGAACAGAAGUAAAAAACCAAAAAGAUUAAAAAAAAAAAUAGAAUCUUAAGCGGGUGGGUGGGGGAUUGCCAAGACAGAGCAGUGAGGAGUGAAAGUGCUGAGUGGCCACAGAACACUGUCCCACCUGUAACUUACAAUUUACUAAGUAAAUCCUACUGCUCAGUGGUCACAUGCACACCAUAUAUUUAAGGCACAUUUGAAACACAUCCCUUCCCAAAGAAUCCUGUGCACUGCAGUUUAUCCUUCACAGACCUACAAUCCCCAGCACACUUAACAAACUACAGUUCCCAGGAAUCUUUGUGUAGAUGUGACCAGUGUUAGGUUAAAUAAGGGAUGUGGGUGGCGCUGUGGUCUAAACCACUGAGCCUCUUGGGCUUGCCGAUCAGAAGGUUGGCGGUUCGAAUCUGCACAACGGAGUGAGCUCCCGUUGCUCUGUCCCAGCUGCUGCCUACCUAGCAGUUCGAAAGCAUACUAGUGCAAGUAGAUAAAUAGGUACCACUGUGGCGGGAAGGUAAACUGCAUUUCUGUGCGCUCUGGUUUCCGUCACGGUGUUGCGUUGCACCAGAAGCGGUUUAAUCAUGCUGGCCACAUGACUUGGAAUGCUGUCUGUGGACAAACGCCAGCUCCCUUGGCCGGAAAGAGAGAUGAGCGCCACAGCCCAUAGUCGCCUUUGACUGGACUUAACCAUCUAGGAGUCCUUUACCUUUAACCCUUAGGUUAGAAUCCAUCUCACUGAUGGGGUAGAUCUCUCUCUUGGAAUCAUAGAAGUGUACAGUUGGAAGAGACCCUCUGGGUCAUCUAGUCCAAUCCUCUGAAAUGCAGGAAUCUCAACUAAAGCAUCCAUGACAGAUGGCCAUCCAACCUCUGCUUAAAAACCUCCAAGGAAGGAGAGUCCAUCACCUUCCAAGGUAGUCUCUUCCACUGUCAAAUAGCUCUUACCAUCAGAAAGUUCUUCGUGAUGUUUAGUUGACAUCUCCGUUCUUGUAACUUGAAGCCAUUGGUUCACAUUCUACCCUCUAGAGCAGGAGAAAACAAGUUUGGGCCAUGUUCCAUGUGACAGUCCUUUAGAUAUCUGAAGUUGUUAGUUUGGGCUCAGUUCUCCAAUCUGUUAAGGUCAUUCUGAAUCCUGAUUCAGUCUUCUGCAGCAUUGGCUACUAUUCCUAGUUUGGUGUCAUCUGCAGAUUUGAUGAGCGUUCUCUGAAUUCCUUUGUCACAUUUAGAAAGGUGUUGAACAGCAAUAGGCCCAGGACAGAACCCUGUAGCACUGCACUUAUCUCUUUUUCCCCAGGAUGAUGAGGAACUAUUUGGGUUUGAUCAGUCAACCAGCCAACAGUUAUCUCAUCCAGCCAACAUUUUACCAUUCUAUGCAAAAAAAAUACAUUUGGGUACUUCAUCAAAAGCCUUACUGAAAUCAAGAUAUACUAUAUCCACAGCAUUCCCCUGAUCCACCAAAUUUGUAACUCUAUCAAAAAAAGAAUGACUUAUUUUUGACCCAUGAUGGAUCUUAGUAAUCUCAGCAUACUUUUCUAAGUGCUCACAGACUGACAGUUUAAUUAUCUGUUCUAGAACCCUUCCUCGUAUUUAUGUCAAGCUUUAGUCAGUGGUUAUCUGAGUCUUCUUUUUCUCCUUUCUGAAGCUGGGGUUCACAUUUGCCCACUCCAGUCUACAAGGGUGUCACCUGUUCUCCAAGAAAUCUCAAAGAUGAUAGACACAGGAUCUGAGAUUACAUCUGCAAGCCUCUUUAGUACCUUUGGGUGCAGCUCAUCAGCCCCUGGGCAUCUGAAUUCAUUUAAAGUAGCUAGGUGUUCCCUUACCAUCUCUUUUUCUAUCUUGGGCUGCAGUUCCAUCCUUGCUUAGUUUAUUCUGUUAUCACCAGGUUGGGCACCGCUUUCUCUCUCUCUGUGCAUUCAAAUUUUAUUUUGCAUGGAGUCGUUCCCCCCCCCCCGGGCAGUCUGAAAUGGUGUAAUCGACCCUCAGCUGUUGUUCUUCUCCAUGAGAACUAGGAGGGCCAUCCAAAUCCCUGACCCUCCUUGCUGGGGUUGGAAGCACUGACCCAGCUUUCAUAGAAUCAUAGCCAGAAGAUCAGUAGUAGUGAGCAAAUGUUCAGGAGAAACAGCUUGCCCACAGCUCCCAUUUUUCCUGCAGACCCAGGAGGAUGUUGUGUGUGUUCCAGGUAAGGAUCAGCAGAUCUGUCACUUUCACUCAGUUCCUCCUUUUUCCACUCUUGAGUUCAGUUCCCCACAUUUCCACAUCAGUUUUGUUUUGUUUUUAAGAUGGUCAAGUCCUCACAUUAUGGAAAACAGGUACAGGGCUCCAGCUACUUUUUGAGCAUAAAUAUAGAAUUGUGUCCUUCUUCUGUUGUGGUUUACAAGGGAUAUCCUAAGGGACAGACAUGCACAUGCUAAAUGGGCAAGUGUGGUUGACCUGUCAAGGAUGGGGAAUCUGUACCCCUCCAUAUGUUACUGGACUACAACUUCCAUCAUCCCUGACCAUUGACCAUGAUGGCUGCUGGUGGCUGCUGGGAUAUGUAGUCUGAGACACCAUCUGGAUUGCCACGGUUCCCCAAGCCUUCAGUAUCUCAACAAGGGUGGGGAAACUGGAAGAAAGGGCAUCCGAAUAGAGCUAUGACAAGUGGGAACACUACUGAAAAGACACCAAACAUUAUUGAGGUUUAAUAAAUGAUGCAUGCUGUGCAGGAAUUGGAAAAGAGUGUUUCCCCACGUCUCAAAAUGCUAGAAUUCAGGAGGAUCAGCUGAUGAAACAGAUUCAGAAGCAGAAGUGGGACAAAAAUAACCAGAAAAAUCAACCAGAAAAUCUGUGGCCUAAAAAGUUAUGAGAUUUCAACAGGAAAUUAUGAGAUGUGCACUGAUUGGAAAUGAAGCCAUGUGACUGCCGCAAACCUGCAAGUAUUAUUGAAAGUGGGAUGCGUAUGAUUGCCCUGAUAGCAUCAUGAGCACAAAUCAUCAUGAAUGAGCAAUUAAAAAGACACCUGGAGGGACUCUUAGUUGCUUUUAAAGGGGGGUUAGAGACAUGAAUGGUGGAGAAAAGGUCAACUGUCAGAUAUUAGCUGUGAAAUAGAACCUCCAUGUUUUGGGGCAUGAUACCUCUGAUGGCCUGAUGUUAGGGGCAAAACAACGGAAGACAUCUGUUCCUUUAUGCCCUGCUUUGAGAACAUCCUAGAGGCGUAUGACCAGUAGCUGCUAUAGGGAGCAGGAUACUGGGCUUGAUCUCAUUCUGGCUUUGCUCAGUCAAUGAUGCUGAGGUUCUCCAAGCCCCUGGAACCACCACUUUCCAAGCCCAGAAUGCCAUAGGGCUUCCUCCACAGGCCCGUUGUGCAAGGAUGUUACAACCUCUGCACAGCCGCCGCUCACCUGGAUGUCUCUCCCUUUUUUUGCUCGCUGUGGCUUUUUCCUGUGUGCUCCAGAUAAAUAGCUUGGGGUGAAGGCCUGAUGCUGUACAUUCUUUAUUAAGCAAAAAGAAAAAAUGCUGUCAAAGUAAGGAGGCAAAAUCUGUGGCCCGGGGCACCAUGUGCAAAGGAAAGCGUCUCCGAUCCUUUGCACGGGCUUGUUUGAAAUAUGCAGCAACAGCAGCCGAAGUAGCUGUCUUCUGCUUGGAAGGAAAGCGGGGGAGGUGGGGAGAAUCAUCCAGUUUGGUCAAGCAAGCAGAUCAGCAUGGAGGUGAAUGGGGGUGCCAUGCCUGGCAUUUAGCAGGACAGUCUUAAACACACCUAAGUACAUAUCCACGUCUCAAAAUGCUGGAACUCAGGGGGAUCAGCUGAUGAAACAGAUAAGUGGGACAAAAACAACCAGAAAAAUCAGAAAAAUAAAACCAGAAAAUCAACUAGAAAAUCUGUGGCCUAAAAAGUUACGAGAUUGCAACAGGAAAUUAUGAGAUGUGCACUGAUUGGAAACGAAGCCAUGUGACUGCCGUGGAUAUCCAAGUGUGUGUGUGAUAUGUAUAUAUUAUAUCUUAUAUACAUUUAUAUGCACACAUAUGCUCUGUGUGUAUGUAUAUGUGUGUGUAUAAUACUUGGGACUGCUCCUCUGCUCACCAACCCACCCGCCCCGCCGUUCCUCCCAAAUUAACCCCCUAGAGAUUCUCUCCUCCCACUCUUAAGCAACUAUUAAGUUCACUUUUUACCUUCCCAACUCCAUUUCUUCAUGCAAAUCCAGGUUUGAUGCAGCAGUACAAAUCCUCCAAUGGGAGCUGUGCAAUGACAGCCUAACAUUUUUAUGUAUAGUGAAAGAGAUACGCAUAUGGCUUAGGUCUCCUUCACACAUCACCAUAGAAGCUGCUUCUGACCUCCCCAUGACGUUGUCUCGAGCCACCCCACAGAUGUUUAAAAGCAACAGAACCACAUAGGAUGAAAGGAGCCAGUUGUGUGGGUCCUUCCCACAUGAAGGCCAUGCAACUGAAAGAGAGGGUGGUGAUUGGAAGGAAGAGCCCAACUGAGCCCAACUCACCCCUGCAGCCCAUAGCUUCUUUGGUGGCGGCAGAUGGGAAAAGGCUAUGGGGAAGUGGGGAAGCCUAGAAAAGAGAGGGAGUACUUAUUCCAUUGUAGUUUUCAGGAUCAACGGAGCAGUCUCUUGACUUUAUCUUCAUCAAUGAUGCUAAAGAGGGGAUGCUAAAGAGGGGACUAGUUAUAGCUCAGUGGGUGGAGCACAUGCCUUGCAUGUCUCCCAACUUUAAUCCCUGGCAUUAACCAUAACUACAUUCAGAGUAGAAAAUGCUGGGCUAGAUCGUGGCUGGGGAACUUCAAAUGCGGCCCUGUCUGCCUGAAUCUCGGGACUGUGUCCCCAGGCCACACACCCUCCCCCUUAAGACUAUCCUUGGACAAUUUUGCCAAAGUAAAAUGUGUCCCUGAACUCUGAUACUGUCUUUGGUUGCUCCCUGUGUUGAAGCUGAGAGUCAUGGGCAUGUCUAACUGGAUUUUGUUAGGCUGUUUUGGUUAUGCUCAGAGAAUGAUAUGACAUCUUCCUGUGUGAUAUCAAGAUUUCGCCUUGCAGAGGCCCUUGGCUUCUAAAUUCCAGCCCCAACCUUACUUCUGAGUGUAGAACCUCAGGCCAGGGGGGGAAUGAAUGUGCUGCCCUAGACCUCUGUACUGGGCCCAGAUCCCCUCAAUGACCUGAGUGUUUUUCUCUUGUUGGAAUGUGUUGUUGAACUCUGACAAUGUCUCUUGUUCACCUGGAUGGGGGACGGAGAGGGGUGUGUGAGUUAGAAACUAGCCUAGUGUACAAAGGAAAAAAUCGCGUCCAUUGCUCUACCCACUUUUGUCUCUGGCCCUGCUUACCACUGACCUGUGGCCCUCAGAAGAUUGCCCAGAAAGAAAUGUGGUCCUCAGGAUGAAAAAGCCUGUCUGCCCCUGCUCUAAUGGCUGCCUACAGCUUAGUCCUUAUUGGCAUGAGACACGGCCAAUCCAAAGCCUUCAUCUUGCCAACCAAUCAUAGAAGCCAAAUGUUGCAUGCCUGUUCCUUUCUGUGCUUGAAGGGGGCUCUGAGGUUUGAACCCCGACUGUCCAAAGUAGCUCGUUAGGCCAGCUUCAGUUCACAAAGUUCCUUCACCAGAGUUCUGCAGGUUUCUUUUGGGUCCAACCCUCUCUGCACAUCCUACCAAGGUGGCUUCAACGCCCUUAGGCCUUCAUAAGCACCUUUAGUUCUGCACCUGACUUUUUAAUGUCCCCACCCUGCCAGAUCUUCCCCUGACAACAUUCUUCACCCCAUCCCUAAUCCUCCAGUGCUUUGGAGCUGUGAAAGGAGUGUUUGUUGUUCUCCUUCUGGAUUCCAAAGCUCUGUUCCGCAAUCCUGGAAGUCUUACGGCAUCCUCCCAAGAGUCUUAAUUCCUCCUCCUCUGGUACAAAUGUUAGUUUAGCAGCUGUCAGGCUGGCACAGGUUCAAGUAUCUCAAGGAACGGAACAGGCACGGGUCUCCUCAAUUUGUUUUUGAGAACCAAUAUUUGCAUUUGCUUUGGCCUCCUGGAGAAUUGCCUCCAAGUACUCAUUUGUGACCCAGGUCAAGAGAAUGGCUUCUUUGCAAGCUGAGAUUCCUCAAUGGUAGAUUCCUUGCCUAACGGAGAUCUCCCACCACUCAACGGAACCACGUGGGGCUCCAGUGGAGAUGAUCCUUCCUUAGUUGGGCCAAAGUUGAACAAGCUCUUAAUUUGUGUGCCUCCUGCUGUCGAUUAGCAACUAGGGUCAGGAGCAGAGUUUUAAGGAGGAAGAUGCGAAAAUAAUUGCAUUUCCAUUUAUUUAUGGUUAAAAGAGGGGUUUUGGCCAAAGUAAACCCAAAGCAUUAUGUGAUAUAAAAUGCAAACCUUACAACAAAAUAGAACAGCCAGCAUGUGCAAAAUUCAUCUCUAUUUCCCCCUCUCUCUCCAAGGCUGUGUACAUACCAACCCAUUAUAGCACAAAAAAUAUACUUUUUCUUAAUCAGGAACUGUUCGUGCUCAUCCUCAGCAUGCUUUCAAUCUAGGUUGAUUCUAGUUGCUGCUUCCUACAAGGGUGGGUGUGGCGCUUGAUACAUGUUCGAAAACCUUCCUCUUGAUUAGGCUAUCCCCACUUCUUUCCUCCUGAACAUGCCCCAGGUGAAUGAAGAAGGAAAUGGGGAUUGUGAUCAAAGUCACAGGGCAGGGAUUAGGACCACCUGUAUUGCUAGGACCCUCCAUUGCUAGAACCACCUAUAUCUGUUUCCACCUCUUUUGAAAUGGAUGCGCUGCAAGGUAAUGAAGCAACAAUCUGCAACGAGCUUUUAUUUUCAAAAGGAAGCCAGGUUUUCAAGAAGCAUUUUUCAAGAGCAAAAAAAGGGCGAUGGAUCUAUAUUGUGUGUGGACUAUGGGGGGGUGUAAACCCCAAGUACCCAGUCUCCAUUGAUUCUAGAAUAAUAUAUUACGCACCCCAAGUCAGCAGCAGCAAAACAGCAUCAGAGUUGCUUACUUGCAUCACUUCCUGGCCUUUUGGCUAAGAUCAAGUGUAGCAUCUGUUCUUAUCAGAGUUGCUUACUUGGAAUAUUUUUGGGGGAAAUUAACAACAUGACCAGAGAGCUGCUCUAAGCAGCUGUAAAACAUUGAAGGUAGAAAUAGCCAGUCCACAUACCACCUCUGAAGUACUUUUCAUUCUUUCUUUAAAAGGGCAGGUUUUAAAAUGAUUUAGUCCUUUUAAAAAUUCUGCCCACAAAUGGGAUGAAAUGGAGCCAGUUUUGCAACAAACGUAACCAGCAGGGGAUGGACACACACUGAUCCCCAAAGGAACCUUUACCGCUUAAGGUCCCUUUCUAAGCAACCUCCAUUGCAGCCCUGGCCAACCUGAGGCUGAUGGGAGUUGUAUGGCCCCAGGUUGGCCAAGGCUGUUCUAUUUGGAUCUCCAGCACUUGUGAGAUGAAAGCAGGACAUUGACACCCUAAGCCCUAGAAGCUGCUCCUUUUCUGUCCAUUCUUCUCACUCAAGUCAUCUAAUCAUGGCCCUUAUUGCAUAAUCCUCCAAGGCAAUUGUACCAUCAGACUGACAGGCAACACACAAGGAGCCAUCUGUCAAACCCAAUAACCCUGCCACUUUUAUCACAAGGAGGAGGAGAAGAGGGUUUGUCUCCGGUUUCUAAAGCAAACACACAUGGGAUCUUGGCACAGGCCUUUGCGGAUUCGCUCAAUGCCGGCUCGCUGCUUCUUCCCCUCCUUUGGCAAGUCAAAGCUGGUAUCUCUAGCUAACCGUGAGCAAGUGGCUGUGUGUGCUAGCAGAUCACUAGCUGGAGGCCAGCCAGAGCUUCUGCAGUGCUGUGUGAAAGAAAUCAUUAAUGGGAGUUGCACUGCUGAAAGACAGUUGGGUGCUGUGGAGUCUGCACGCUGCAUGAAGCUGAGCGUUGCAAGAUUUAGGACAGAAGACAGAAAGUACUUCUUUUUGCAGCACAUACUUAGAACUAUGGAAUUUGCUGCCACAAAUGGUAGCGGUGGCCACCAAGUUGGAUGGCCUUGAAAGAGAAUUAGCCCAAACCAUGGAGAAGGCUAUUAAUGGCUAAUGGCCACAAUAGCUAUGUUUUACCUUCACUGCUGGCUGCAGUAUGAUGUUGAAUACCAUCCAUCUAACAUUUGUUAAGAAACCUGAAGCAUUUCAGUUAGGGAUUGUAGGAAAAGGAAGUUGAAAAAUAUCUUCAUGUAUGCGACAACGGCGGUGAGAGUUUUAAUAGCACAAGGAUGGAAGAACGAGGAAACCCCGACUAAAGAACUAUGGCAAGAAAAACUGAUGGACUAUGCAGAACUGGCAAAAUUGACACAUAAAUUACGGGACAAGGAUAACUGUGACUUUAAAGAUGAAUGGGAACCUUUUACAAAGUACUUAAAGAAGCAACAAAGUGAACUGGACUCCUUGGCAGGCUUUGAAUAAACACUCACAAAUUCUUUAUUGACAAUAACCAGUCAGAUAAAUUAAGGAUUUAUACAAUUUUGUAACAUGCAGAGAAUAGCAUCUAUAGAGAAACCAGAGAUUGGAACUGAGAGAAGUCUAGGGGGGAGGGGAGGGUGGGUUGUUGUAUGGGGGGAAAUGGGGAGGGGACUAAGGAUGAUAUGUUGUAAGCUAAUAUGUUGCGUUUAAAUUCCUAAUAAAAAUAUUUUUAAAAAUAAAUGAUGUUGAAUUCCAGCUGCUGGGAAUUGCAGGUGGGCAGAGUGCUGUUGGACUCAUGUUUUGCUUGCAAGCUUCCCACAGGCAUAUGGUUGGCAACUUUGAGAACAGGGUGGUGGACUAGAUGGGCCACUGGCCUGAUCCAACAGGCUCUUCUUGUGUUCUUGUUAUACCUCUUCUCCCCAGGCUGCACCCAUUACUGGCCUGGCUUUGCACACUCCUCAAAUGUUUUUUGUCUGGCUGGAAUGUAUUUCUGGACUCCGAUGAUGCUUCUUAGUUGCUUGGAUGGGGAUGUGCAGGUCGGGUUCUGCUUUCAAACUUCCUAGGCAUCUGGUAGUCCAAAGUGCUGGACAAUAUGGUCCAUUCACAAGAUCCAGCAGCCAGGUCCUUCUUACGUGUUAUGUGCUCCUCUUUAUCUAGAAUAUUUGAUGUUUUCUCCCCAUCUACCCACAUCCAAUGGAAUAUCCCUAGCUUGAACCUCAGUCAUUUUGUCCCUCAAAAUACCCAUGCAAAGUUUUAGAGAGAUGCUGAUGCUUUCUCUGGGUGUUUUAAUCCUGUUAAUCUUUGUUUAUUGUUCUAUAUAUAAAAAAACUGUUUUCUAUUUUGUAAGCUCUUUGGGAGCUUAGGUGGGGUAAAAAUUGUAAACAAAAUGAAGUGUGUGAACAGAGUGUUGCACAGACACAGAAGGCCCUCAGCAGGGGAGGCAGGAGAGGGUGGCGUCCUUGCAGGCGUUGUGAAAAGCACCCAUUGACAAAGAAGUGUCACAUCCAACAUCUAUCCAGUCUUCUGCUCAAUUUGUGAGUCUCCCAUGCUGAUAGCUGUGUGCUAAUUUUCACACGUCCUGCAGCCAGCCCUCGCAACUGGGGGAUUUGACUAAGUAAGAAAUGGACCAGCCGGAUGAAAGCAACAGGGAAAGUUCUCCCAUUGCUAUACAUUUUGUAACCUGGCGAGGGAUUUUGGGGUGGGCAGGGGGAAUAGAAAAACAGGGUGUUUAUCAAUCUCCUGAUGGACCCUUGUACUUAGCUAAUGUGCCAGUUGUUGAAAACCGCAGAAGAGGAGAAUGCUCCUGUGCUUGAGUCUUGCUUGAGGAUUUUCCACAGGCAUCGGUCGGCCACUAUGAGAAUAGGAUGCUAGACUAGAUGAGUCAUUUCCAUCAGGGCUCUUCUUAUGUUAAUGAACAGUAUUUGGCUUAGAAAACCACAACCUGCGUAAGGGCCCCUCUGGGUCUUCUUUUUAUGGUGCAUUGACGAUGAUUUGUGCUUAGGUUGUAUUGGAGCAGCUAUAUGCAAACCCACUUUUACUACCGUUUGUGCCUGCAAAAGUUUUGGUGCGGACGUACUGCUUCGUUUCCAACCAGCGUAUGCCCCCAAAUUCCGUGCUGAAAUUCUGAAACUUUUCAUACCACAAAUGUUCCGGGUUCGGUGUGUUUGCCCUAGUUUUGUUGUGCUAUAAUGACACAUGGCCCAGAAGCUGUCUGCGGACAAACGCCAGCUCCCUCGGCCUAUAGAGUGAGAUGAGCACGCAACCCCAGAGUCGUCCACGACUGGACCUAACGGUCAGGGGUACCUUUACCUUUAAUGACAGUGUGCCCCUCCAUAUGGCACUAAUGAGGAAGCGUUGCAUAACAACUAAUAAAGCGGAAUGAUGUGUAGAUGGUCCAAUAUAAAUCCACCACUAUGAGUUUAUCCACACAUCCCUUGCCCUGCUGCUCUCCCCGGGGGGGGGGGCGGACUGCUCUUUAGUGCUCAAUAAGAGCAAAUGGCAAUUUGGGAUUUCCCCAGAUUGCCAUUUGUUCCGAUCUACCACUAAAGAGCAGGUUUUCCCUUGGAAAGGAGAAGGGCAAGGGGAGAACUGCUUGGACCUGUCCUUUCUAGGCAUGGCACAAGUGGAAGUGCCAAUGACAUAUUGCAGAAUAUACUCACAAAAAAAUAGCGCCCAGGCUCGAGGACCCUAAGCAUCUUUUGUCCUGUGCUUUCCCUCCCAAUACACCUUUUGUUCUAUUUUAUUUAAUCACCUCAUUCCUUUUCUUUCCCUUCCUGUCCCUUUCUCUUUCCUCACAAUUGUUCAUGGCCUUGCCUUGCACCUUGUCUAGCAAAGGCUAUGCCUUUCUCAGAAAGAUUUGCUAAUCAUCCUUAUACCUAGUCAGAGUAUUUUAAUAGCAAGUAUAUCUCUCUCUCAUCAUAGCUGUCAACCUUCCUUUAUUGGGCGGGAAAUUCCCUUAUUCCAGCACCGUUUCCUGCUGCUUCCCGCUGCUAUCCCGGAUUGUUAGAUAUCCUGUAGACUGUCCCCGGGACAGGUGAGGCUGCUGAUCCCUUAUUUUCAAAUCUGAAAGUUGACAGCUAUGCUCUCUCAUAGGGUAUUACGUUGUUUUGUUGUUGUUGUUGUUAAUGAUGUUGUUGUUGAUGAUGUUGCUGAUGAUGAUGGUAUGGAACUCGCUCCCACAAGAGGCACUGAUGGCCAUCUUGGGUGCCUUUAAAAGAGGACCGGACAAAUUCAUGGAGGAGAAGGCUUUCAAUGGCUACUAGCCGCAACAGCUAUGCUGCUGUCGGAGGCAGCAAUGUUUCAGAAGAAAGGAGGGAAGAGGGCUCUUGUGCUCAGGUCAUACUUUGCGUUUCCUACAGGCAUCUGGUUGUGAGAACAGGAUGCUGGACUGGAUGGGCCAUUGGCCUGAUCCAGCACGCUGUUCUUACCUUAGUAUUAUUAUUAUUGGCUACUCUAAUUAUUUGCCUGGGAUACUGAAUUUUAAAACUGCAUGAUUCUACCGCUGUUGUAACUUGUACUGGGAAGGCCAAGCAAUCAAUCAUAUAAAAAAAUAAAUAUUGGUCCAUCUCACCUCAGAUGCUCAGCUCUGACUCACCAUCACCCUUGGGGAAUCCACCUUUGGGGUUCCUGUCCAGUGUUAGGAUUCAGCGGUAUUCCAUCAAUCUUCACCACCAACCUUCUGUAUUGCAAAGUACUGACUCAUCAUCAGAACUAAGACUUACCCAAUCCUGAUAAAGCUCCGUGGUGAUGAGAGACAACAGGCUGCUGAGUCACCCACAAGGUGCCAAGUGAUGUAUUCUGCAGUUUGGGAGAAGAAAAAAGAAUAAAUCUGGUGAACAGGCAUGUACAGCCUCCUCUUGCCUCUCUGCCAAUUGAAAAGGUGGCACAUUUCACUGGUUGUAGAUCAUUGUCUUAAGAACUGGGCGCAGUUCCCACCACCUAUCUAGUUUUUAACUAAAACACUAGUGAAGGAGGCAUGAUGACCAAAAAUUGAUCUGCCCGCUCCCCCUCAAAAUACAGAACUACUCUGAUGCUCUUCACAUUCUUUGGGACAUUUGAAGCAAAUUGCUAUUUUAUUUUGUCCUCUAAAAUGCUUGCAAUCCAUCCUGGUUUUGUGUCACUGUGCAUUUCUUUUUAUGAAUGCUCUUCCAACUAACAUUUAAGGGAAGACAGUUGGAAAGCUAAGAUGCCACAGAAAUCGCAAGUACUCUAAGUACCGUGUUAAAAUCCGACGGUUUUGUGGUGCUCUGCACAGUCCGCCGUGUAAGAUAUGUUUUGCAAAUCUAUAGAUUUCUGUGGAUUUUCAUCAUGCCUGCACAAUGUAUAAUUCAGUGCAUGUGCAUUUAUGCAGGAAGAUGUCUAGGGGCGCUUCUAGACAUCAUUUUUAUUGCACGUAUAUGAUGAUUUGUGCUCAUGAUAGUAUUGCGGCAGUUACUGUAUUUUUUGCUCUAUAAGACUCACUUUUUCCCUCCUAAAAAGUAAGGGGAAAUGUGUGUGCGUCUUAUGGAGCGAAUGCAGGCUGCGCAGCUAUCCCAGAAGCUAUCCCAGAGGGAUUGCUGCUUUCACUGUGCAGCGAUCUCUCUUGCUGUUCUGGCUUCUGAGAUUCAGAAUAUAUUUUUUUUCUUGUUUUCCUCCUCCAAAAACUAGGUGCGUCUUGUGGUCUGGUGCAUCUUAUAGAGCGAAAAAUACAGUAUAUGUGAUCUUGCUUUCAAUAGUGUUUCCGCCUGUAAAGGUUUUGGGGUGGGCAUACUCCUUUGCUCUCAAUCAGUGCAUGUUGCACAAUUUCCUGCUGAAAUCUUGUAACUUUUUACACCACAAAUUCUCUGCAGGGGUGGGAGGAUUAUACUGCUUUUGUUGUGCGAUAGUGCAAAAGUGACCCUCUAGACAGCAAUAAUGCGGUAGCAUUGAAGAACAACGAAUAAAGCAGAACACUGUAUGGAUGAUCCAGUAAAAAUAUACCACUAAUGCACUCUUAUUGCGUCCAUGGCAUUUGGAAUUCAAGGUAGCCUACAACAUACAUACAUACAUAAUUUUAUUUGUAUGCUGCCUUUCCAUAGACAAAAUCAUGCUCAAGGUGGCUUACAAAAUAAAAUAAAAAAAUACAAAACUACGAACAAAACAAAAGUAGUCAUAAAUAAUAAAUAAAAUAUCAAAAAGUACAAUAAACAAUUUCCACAAAAAUCACAAUGAGAUCUAAAAUAAAGAUACAAAACAUUAAUAUCAAAAACAGCAACAAUACCCUCCAAACAAUACCUCAACCCAAGAGUCUGUUCAGCAGCCUCAGCUUUUGUAGCUGGAGUCAAUCGCGGGGCCCCGUACUCCCAGGUCAGGUGGAAACAGGCCUGCAAGGCAGGGAGCGGGUUUUCCAGGACUCCCAGCCCAGAUGGUAUACAAAAGUAUGUGCAAGGUAAUAAAAACAAACUACCGUCUGAUUGUGUCUUGCACAAGGGUUAUGUUCUGGGGAUGGCAUAUAUACACAAAAACACGUAUACCUUUUUACUUUGCAAUCUUACUUCCCGGUCCAUCCCUAAUGGGUUGUUGUGUAGUACAGUGGAGUGUGUGGUGAACCCAGAAGAUUCAGGACAGAUAAAAGAAAGUACAGUACAGUGGUAGCUUGGGUUAAGUACUUAAUUCGUUCUGGAGGUCCGUUCUUAACCUGAAACUGUUCUUAACCUGAAGCACCACUUUAGCUAAUGGGGCCUCCUGCUGCCGUUGCGCCGCCGGAACCCGAUUUCUGUUCUUAUCCUGAAGCAAAGUUCUUAACCGAAGCACUAUUUCUGGGCUAGUGGAGUGUGUAACCUGAAGCAUAUGUAACCUGAAGCGUAUGUAACCCGAGGUACCACUGUACUUCUUCACAUAACACAUAGUUAAACUACAGAACUCGCUCCAUUGGAGGCAGGGAUGGCAACCAGAGAGACAAGGGUAGUCUAUCACUGGAGACUUAGCAACUGUUGGAAGUCUAACCAGGAAGCUUUUGUAGGGGGUCAGGUAGGAACCACAUAACAGCACAUUCUGAUCUACAGUGGUACCUCGCAAGACGAAUGUCUCGCAAGACAAAAAACUCGCUAGACGAAAGGGUUUUUUGUUUUUUGAGCUGCUUCGCAAGACGAUUUUCCCUAUGGGCUUGCUUCGCAAGACGGAAAUGUCUUGCAAGUUUGUUUCCUUUUUCUUAACACCGUUAAUACAGUUGCGACUUGACUUCGAGGAGCAACUCAUAGAACGCGGUGUGGUAGCCUUUUUGAGGUUUUUAAAGACUUUGGUGAUUUUUGAAGCUUUUCCAAAACUUUUCCGACACCGUGCUUCGCAAGACGAAAAAAAUCGCAAGACGACAAAACUCGCGGAACGAAUUAAUUUCGUCUUGCGAGGCACCACUGUAUUGUCAUUUUCCUACUGAUCUAGGAUUUGGCUGUGCCUUAUUUGGUCAAGAGUUUUGCAGUGCCAGCUGCAGGCAAAAUCACAGCUUCAUAUCUCUUGGGACCAGUGGGCAGAUUCUGUCUGAAGCCCCUCUCCCCAAAUAUGGGAAUACUACUGGAAAAAGGAAUAGUUCAGUGGCAGAGCAUCUACUUUGCAUACAGAAGGUCCUGGAUUCAAUCCCUGGCAUCUCCAGGUAAGGCUGGGAAUAUCUCCUGCCUGAACCCCUGGAGAGCCACUGCCUAGUACUGAUCUGGAUGGACCAUUGGUCUGGCUCAGUAUAAAUCAGCCUCUGAAUUCAAGCACAGGGCGAGGGAAAAAUUCAAGGAGGAUAACAUUUGUGGUUCCAUAAACAGCUGUAAGGUAUGUCUCGAGUCGAGUCUGACCGGUCUACGUUGACAAGGCAAUGCCUCCAAUUAUACAGCAUGCUCCGGCCUGCAAGAGAAAAAUCAAUUUGCUAUGUAUAUUUAUUUAUUUCUUGUUAUGAGAGUAUGGAGGGGAGGUGGUAUGCACAUUUCUGAAGGCUGGGAAACCCAUUGCAAACCAGAGAAGACUCUGUAUGAAUCCUGUGAUUUAUGAGAGUCUCAUCUUCUCCCUCUUUUAAAACUAAGAACAGCCACAGAAGAAAUUAUCUGGAUCUAGACCACAGCCAGAGGGGAGUUAUUAUUAUUAAUUUUAAAAGAAACCUAUACCAUGCAACAUAAAAUAAAUUGCUCGGCUGAAUUUAUACAUAAACAUAAUAAAACAACCAGAAAGCUCAUUAAAAGUACAUGCAAAUGGGGCAACUGCAAAACAGCACGAGCAGACGGAAACAUUUAAAAGAGGUAGCUUUUGACUUGAGAUCCAGUGUAGCAUAGCGGUUGGAAUGUCAUACUAGGACCUGGGAAAGCAGGGUUUGAAUCCCAACUUAGCCAACAUAGCUGAAUGGUUGACCUUGGCCUAGUCAAUGUCUCUCAGCCUAACCUACAGGAUUGUUGUGAUGACAGAGUGAGGAGGGCAGCGAGUAACCCUAAGCUUCUUAAAAGAAAUGUGGGAUAUAAAUGUAGCAAUGACAUAAACUUGGUGCCUGAGUUAUAACAGUGCCUGCUAUGCUUGAGAGGAGAGGGCAUCCCACAAGAAAGGGACCACCACCAAAUAAGGCUCAGUCCCACAUUACCACACAACAGAUUUCAUCUAGCAGCAAAGCAUGGAGAUGAUUCCCUGAAGAUCUUAAGACACAGCUGACCCUUCUCCUUCUGUACCAUUUUCCUGGUGAAAAUUGCCCCCGAAGCUAUUUGCUGCUAUUGGCAGCUUAAAGGGAGGAGGAGGGGUAUUCUCGUCAGGAAAAUGGCAUGGAGGAGAAAGGGUUAACACUCCCUCCCAUGUGUAUGGCAUGGUCAGCCAAUCAUGGGAUUCACAGGACCCCUCCAGAAGGGGUUACUCUGCUUUCAUCUUGAUUUGCUUGCAAAAAGCCUUACGCAGUGAUUAGACUAUGCCCAAUAUCCAUUGAGCAUCCUUAUGAUUUGCUUAUGAGGGAAUGAGACUCUUAAUUUCAGGGUCAUAGGUUUCAGGCCCACAUUGGGCAAAAUGAAUCCUGCAUUGCAGGGAGGGGGACUAGAUGACCCUCAGGGUCCCUUCCAACUCUACGGUUCUGUGAUUCGAUACAGUCCUGACCACUCAUAAUUCCUUCAUCCGAAUUUGCUUGCAAGGUGAUUACGCGCCUUCCCACGAGUCGUUUGUUCAUCCCAUACGUUUCCCACUUUCCAAACUGCAAAGAGUCUGAUGUUUGUUGUUGUUGUUGUUUUGUGGGGAGAAAAGGAUUUGUUCUUCUGCCCCAGGCUUGGGGAAUCUUUGCUUCUCUAGACAUUGUUGAACUACAACUCCCAUCAAGCCCAGAAACUGUAGCCAGGGAGGAUGGAAGUUGUAGUUCAGCAACAUCUGGAUCUGCAAAGGUAGGACGACAGAAUGCUUUAACCCCCUACAGUUGUGCAAACCUCAAGUUUUCAUCCAUCCUGAAAAUUACUGACAGUCUGGAGGUGCACAUAGAGUCAUUUAGCAAACCAUGUGUUGUUGAACCCAAAGUGUCCCAUUUUGGGCUGGGUCCUAUUGGGGUAUUCUGGCUAGGCAUGUCCAAGAUUCAGGUCAGUGCACAGAUGGGGGCUUCAAGCAUAGGGGUCAAAUGCAGCCACCGAGCCCAGUCUGGCCUCUGGGGCUCUUCCUCAGCUACACCCCUUCUUCCAAGAUCACACCCAUCACCUGCCUUGCUUUGCACCCUCCUUGAAUGUUUUUGCCCGACUGGAAGGUAUUUUUCGACUUUCAUAAUAGUUAUUGCUUGCUUGGAUGGAAGGACAGGUGCAUAGAUGGCUAGAGAAGGCUAUGCAGGUGUGUAAAGAAACUAGCCUAUAGUACAAAGGGGGGGAAAUCACAUCAAAUGCCCCACCCACCAUUGUCAUGUGGUCCCUGGGAGAUUAGCAAGUGACUAAUCAGAACCACGGAGAGCUCACUGGGAAUCUGGAUGCACAAACAGACUUGAUACCAGAAUACAGUCAUAGCUCAGGUUGAAGUCGCUUGAGGUUAAGCCUUUCGGGUUGCGCUCAGCGGUGACCCGGAAGUAAUGGAGCGCGUUACUUCCGGGUUUCGCCGCUCAUGCAUGCGCAGACGCUCAAAAUGACGCCGCUCAUGCAUGCGCAGAAGUGGCGAAUUGCAACCAGCACACGCGCAGACGCGGAUUGUGUUCGCUUCAGGAUGCGAACAGGGCUCUGGAACGGAUCCCGUUCGCAUUCAGAGGUACCACUGUAACUGAAAAACCGGGGGCUUAGAGGGUAACCACUGGUCUGCUGUUGACUGAGCACUGAAUAAGUGUGGGAAAGAGGUGUGUAAAAGGUAAAGGUAAAGGGACCCCUGACCAUUAGGUCCAGUCGUGACCAACUCUGGGGUUGCGGCACUCAUCUCGCUUUAUUGGCCGAGGGAACCGGCGUACAGUUUCCGGGUCAUGUGACCAACAGGACUAAGCUGCUUCUGGCAAACCAGAGCAGCGCACAGAAAUGCCGUUUACCUUCCCACCGGAGCGGUACCUAUUUAUCUACUUGCACUUUGAUGUGCUUUCGAACUGCUAGGUGGGCAGGAGCAGGGACCGAGCAACGGGAGCUCACCCCGUCACGGGGAUUCGAACUGCCAGCCUUCUAAUCAUCAAGCCCUAGGCUCUGUGGUUUAACCCACAGCGCCGCCCGCGUCCCCUAAGAGGUGUGUAUGGGUGUUUAAAACUCCACUGCCCCUGAGGGACCUGCCCAUGAUUUAAAGGGGCAGUACUCUAUUAUGGCAGCAUGUGUGGGCGAAGUCUCAAUGUACUCUUGGCAUAGUGUUGCCAAUAGCUUCCCUCCUGGUCCUGACCACUCCUCUGGCAUAUCACAUGCCAGUGUCCACCAUUACUUUGGCCCAGGGCCAGCACUCUCUAAGCACUAGAAACUCCCUAGCCCUGGACAGGCAUACCUGAACUGGUGCAGCAAGACUGUUACUGGAAGCCAAGCAGGGUAGAUCAUCUACUUAACAUACAGAAGUUUCGAAGUUCAAAGCUCAGCAUUUCCAGAUAAGGCUGGGAGAGAUUCCUUAGAAAGCUGCAGCCAGUUGGUGUAGAUAAUAUUGAACUAGAUGAACCAAUGGUCUGUUCCUUUAUAAGGCAGCUUCCUGUAUUCCUGAUAUACUACACCCAUGAUGCAAUACCCAGCCAAGGAAAGUGUGUGUGUGUUCCUAGCAGGUGCAGAACCAACCAGGAUCAUCACCCACACAGUCAGGAUUGACAAGUGUUGGCAGGCAAUGGCAAUGGUGGCAGCAGGGGCCCUGACAAGGUGGUAUUAUUCCUGUGGGCCCUGGCAGUUUCCAGAGUAGACCAGGUGCUGACACCAGGUCUGGUUGUAUCCCAGCAUUGCCGGGAUGCUUAUGGCCCAUGAGCUUGGUGGAUGGGUGGGUCUUCCUGGCCCGCAGGUGGGUCUGGGGAGGUUGGAGAGUCAGGUACCUCCUUCAAAGCAGAGGAUAGAGGUCUCACUGCCCCCUGGAAUUUUUCAUCAGUAGACAUUUCUAGUGGGGCAGCUACUUCACUGAUUACCUCAUUUACUUAAAUAAGUAUCCGUUUCAUUUCUGCCCUACUUUUCCUUCAAUGAGCUUGAAGCAGCGUAUAUUCUCACCCCCCUAGACACAGGUUUUUCCUCACGAUCACCCAGGAAGGUUAGGCUAAGGGAGAGUGAUGGGUUCAAGGUCCCACAAUGAGAUUCAUGGCUGAGUAGAGAUUUAAACCUGGAUCUUCCCAGUACUAAGAUGAUCAUCUAACAGUUAGAGAGACCUACCACAGCAUCACACUGCAAUGAUUCAGGACUAUAGUCACUGAGUCGUUGGAGCUCUUCUCUGGGGUGUGUGGGGUGGGGGAUGUCCUGGUCUAUGACACAAAUCUGUGGCAAGUUCUGGUCUGCAGCUAUGAUGAGAAAUGACUCCAAACAUGCCAACAUUUCCCUGAAAAAGCCAACUAAUCUUGACUUACCACCCCACUUCGUGAAUUGCCCCAGGCUCGUCUAGAAGAGAUGUGCUUUGUAAAGGCAGGAUGAUGACUCCAGUAUGGAAUUGCCAGUCCCUUGCAGCUCUUACCCCCAAAGUGUCAUCUCCCCCCCCCCAGCACACUGCAUUUCUUUGGGAAAUAAAUCACUAAUCGGCUCAUUACUCAUUAUCUAGUGAAGUGCCUUUCAGAAGGGUGGGUGAAAAAUAGGGAAACUGCCUGUCUAAAGGUGUGUCCGGACCAACACAUUCCAUUUCUCAUCAUGGUGGCUGAUUUAAUUUGUCUUCUCCCAAUACCCAAAACAGUUUACAAUUUUUUGAAAACGUAAUAAGCAUCCUCCUCUUUAAAAAGUUAAAAUCAUCUCUAUGAUCAGUUGCUGUUCAAACAUGCAGGAGAUUACAAUAGCAAUUCACUACUUAAAUGUGUGUGGUUUUUCUGGCAAGGUCCACAUUCUGUUUAGAACAAUCUGUCAGGGGCCACAUACUGGCAGUUGCAGUAGCCGAGGUGAAACCAGAGACAAAAGUCUUCUGGAUGAGCCAGUCUGGAAAGCCAGGUGCCCACUUGCCAUGAGGGAGCUGGUCAGGUGGAGCAGCAUUCUUACAGCCCUUGUCUACACAAUCAAGGAGUCCCUGAGUGUGUCUAGCACACAAACACAACCUUUCCAGACCCUUGUGGUUCACUUGCAGGUCACAGAGCGGCUUCAGGGAGUAGGGAAUUCCAAGUAUCAAAGAUGAUCAUUACAGUGGUACCUCGGUUUACAGAUGCUUCAAGUUACAGACGCUUCAGGUUACAGACUCUGCUAACCCAGAAAUAGUACCUCGAGUUAAGAACUUUGCUUCAGGAUGGGAACAGAAAACGUGUGGCGGCAGCACGGUGGCAGUGGGAGGCCCCUUUAGCUAAAGCGGUAUCUCAGGUUAAGAACAGUUUCAGGUUGAGAACGGACCUCCAGAACGAAUUAAGUUCUUAACCCGAGGUACCACUGUACUUUGGAAAAGAAUGCAUCCUAUGCAGCACUUUGAAAGGAGCUGUAGAAAACCCAUCAAGCAAUUUCAGAAGCCCCUUUCCAAGCACAGCAAACCCUCCUCCUUUGGGGCAGGUGGGUGUGGCUUGGAUGGGACAGGCCUUGUGGGCCUAAUUAGGCUUGUGGCCAGAGGUUACCCACUCCUGCUUUAGAUGAUCAUAAAUUCUAAGAGGAAGAAGAAAUGAAUCAAAACCCAUUGGGGUUGGCUGGUGAUUCUUUUUCAACUCAUUCCGACCCCUGACUCACCACUUGAACACACAAACCAACAAUGAGCUUGGAGUGAGUUCAGGGGGUGACUGCAUUUCAACCAUUUAUAUCUCACCUUUCUACACUGAACUGUUCAUAAGGUGUCUUGCAGCAAAACACCAACAACUAAGAAGCUUAAAUACAAAUUGUAAAAGCAGAUCACCAAAUUAAUGAUGUAAACAUUCAGCAAUUAAAAUAUAAGUGGAGAAGCCAGAUUAAAUCAAUGCUCAGGGGAAUGGGACAACGUGGAAGCCAGCUGCACCUCCCUUGCAAGCUGGUCCGUCAGCUGGGGCCAUACCUGAGAGGGUCUCCCCUCUCUCAUGUCCACUCAGUGCCUCAGAGGGUCUCCAUUUAUUAAUGUUAUGUAGAAAUAUUUAUAAAGUGUGCAAUCAAAAAGUGUACAUAAAAUAAAAUUUAUUUUAUUUGACAGAAUUUGCAUCCCACUGAAUCAUAAAAAAACUCCAAGCAGUUUACAUAAAAUUUAAAUGUAAUAUAAAACAAUUAUCAAAACAUGGUGAAAGUUCCUAGGACAGUUUAUGGCGGUCUGCAUAUUGUGCAGCCAAGAUCUGCCACAAAUAUGUCACUGAGCACGGAUCUGAAACCACCUCUUAGGGCUCAUCCAUACUUCUGCUUGCCCCACCACUUCUCCCCGUGGAAAAGCAGCCCUUUUCCGCUGAAUCAGAGUCCAACAACAUCUGGAGGGCCACAUUUUAGGCCAUGUAUACCAAACUAUCUCUCAAGAGUUGUAUCUGGGAAAUUACAGAUCUGCAUAGGCAGGCUGGAUGUGAGAGGCAAAUGGGCUUGGGGAAGGGCUUUGGUUCUCUGUUAGUCAGUUGAUCACUUCUCUUGAGAAUGGAAAGACCACACUGUUCUCCUUCUCUUUUUAGGUCCUUGGCGAUUGGCCAUCAAUAUUCCUCCUUGGGAACUCAGCCCAUCCUUUGUGGCAGCAUCCCUGGCUUGGUGCCCAAGCAACUACGGUUCUGUCGGAACUACGUGGAGAUCAUGCCCAGCGUAGCCGAAGGGGUGAAAAUCGGCAUCCAGGAAUGCCAGCACCAGUUUCGCGGUAGGAGGUGGAACUGCACCACUGUAAACGACAGCUUGGCUAUCUUUGGGCCAGUGUUGGAUAAAGGUGAGUACACAAUGUUCUAAAAUGAAUGACAUAGAUGAUCAGUUUGAGAAAAUGGAAUUGGGGGGGGGGGUGAGAGUUUAGCUGAUGAAAUCUCUUGAGAAAUAGACAAUCUCUGUGGUGUUUUUUCCUGUCUGGGGAGUCAGACUGUGCUUGUGGUUUCAGUUAUGCUCCAAUGCAGUUGUUGUUGUUGGCAUCCAUCUGUCUUGACAUACAAUGGAGUGCACCUCUGAGGGUAAAGUCAAAGCGCUAUGUUAGCAGCACCAAAGUGACCUCCUUGUGUGCAAGCCUGGGCAUGUGUAUAUGGGGCCUCGGCUGCCCAGACGACAGAACCCUCCUCUCGGCUUCACUGAUGUGGUUCAAGGAAAAGCAGAGCAAUAUGUUUAGCAUCAGCUUUGCUGCAGGAGUUGGUGGAAGAAGAAGAAGAAGAAGAGUUUGGAUUUGAUAUCCCGCCUUUCACUCCCUCUUAAGGAGUCUCAAAGCGGCUGACAAUCUCCUUUCCCUUCCAACUGUCUUAGGGACUCCACUCUGGAUUUGUGUAGGGUUUUCUCCUUAGCCUUUUCUUCUCCCAAAGAAGGCAGCAGAGGUUUAGGAUCAAAGCUUUCCUUCUCCUACACGGGCUACUUUCCCAGGUUGAUGAGCCCCAUCUGCCCCUCACUUCCCUCUACAGCACAUGCAGAAACUACCUUCUUGAUGGUUGGACCCACUAUUGGUCUCGUCCACUCAAGUUGGUAGAGCAUGUCUUCACAUGCAGGAGAUGUUCCUAACUUACCAAGGCUUCGAGACCCACCAGGUAUCCUCACCUAGUUUAGUCAGGCAGUCAAAACAGUUUCCUGGGGUGCGGCUGCUGUCACAAUGCAGUAGUAGAAUUUCAAAGACGAUGAUAAGCAGGCAUUGGUACCUGAAGAGAUGAGUAUUAUGCCCAGGGAGGGUAGCUGGGGAGUGCAGUGGCCAAGGGCAGAUGGCCAAGGGCAGAACUCGUUCUAAGAUGAUAGGGUGGCUAUCACCAUCUGGUUGCCACCACUGUGUGCACAUACAGCACUCACAGUGAAUCAUAGAAUAGAAUAGAAUAGAAUAGAAUCAUAGAAUCAUAAAAUUGGAAGAGACCACAAGGGCCAUCGAGUCCAACCCCCUGCCAAGCAGGAAACACCAUCAGAGCACUCCUGACAUAUGGUUGUCAAGCCUCUGCUUAAAGACCUCCAAAGAAGGAGACUCCACCACACUCCUUGGCAGCAAAUUCCACUGUCGAACAGCUCUUACUGUCAGGAAGUUCUUCCUAAUGUUUAGGUGGAAUCUUCUUUCUUGUAGUUUGGAUCCAUUGCUCCGUGUCCGCUUCUCUGGAGCAGCAGAAAACAACUUUUCUCCCUCCUCUAUGUGACAUCCUUUUAUAUAUUUGAACAUGGCUAUCAUACACAGUGCUGAGUUUGGAUGAUGUUGUGGAAUGUUCCCAAACAUUCUCACUGAUUAGAUGCAAGUUGACAAUUAGAGAUGUUUGACCACGUGUAGAUUUGGUAACAGAAAUAUAAGAUCAGCUUGGAUGGGAGGUAAACCUUCCACAGGAUGUUGGGUCAAGAAUGUCUAUGUGUUUUUGAUAGGAAGGAAGCACCAAAGCACAAAUAUUGAGGAAGUCUGGGUGCCAAGUGAAUUCAGGUGGAAGUAAACCAAAGGACAUGGUGUCCAAAACAGAGGUUGGAAGGCUGAAUGCUCUAUAUGGCUUUGAAAAUCUCACCCAAGAUAUAGAGAUGCUGGUUGGGGAAUCGGGAUUUGUUCUCAAAGGUGCCCUCAGUAAUAAGGUUUGCUGAUGUGUAAUGCAUGAAAUGGGACUUAGACUUCCUUAUGUUGGCAUUUGUUUGUUGAUUUAGUUUAUUCAUUUAUCUACCAGUUAGUGAUUUGCAUGAAAUAUGGAAUAUAAAGUUCCCAAUAAAAGAAGUUAGCCUAAUUUUCUUCAAAAUAAAGUUAGCAGUACACACACACACACACACACACAGAGAGAGAGAGAGAGAGAGAGAGAGAGAGAGAGAGAGAGAGAUUAUAAAAUGAAAUUACAUAUUAAAAUGCAUGUCUGAGUAGGUUUGCUUAAACAAAUUUUUUUUAGCAGAUGCUAAAAAUAGUCCAGUGAAUCAUAGAAUCCUAGAGUUGGAAGAGACCACAAGGGCCAUCGAGUCCAACCCCCUACCAAGCAGGAAACACCAUCAGAGCACUCCUGACAUAUGGUUGUCAAGCCUCUGCUUAAAGACCUCCAAAGAAGGAGACUCCACCACACUCCUUGGCAGCAAAUUCCACUGUCGAACAGCUCUUACUAAUGUUUAGGUGGAAUCUGUUGAAUACCAUCAGGCAGGGAGCAGUCAAGUGACCAUAUUAUGGGCUAAGGGAACCCUAAGUAAACUGUUUCCAAGCUGUACUAGGCUUUAUAUACAUUGAAUUUUGCCCUGUAACAAAACAGCAGCCAGUGAGGAUCUCUGAGCUGAGAUGCAACAUGCUGACAGAAUCUCACUCCUGUCAGCAAUAGUGAUGCAACAUUUUGCAUUAACUGCUACUUCCUGGGCUAAGUGAAAGGAAACCCCACAUAGGGCUGCUUGUUUUGCCAUUUUCUGCCAGGAAGGUCCACUCAGAGCAAACGUCCACCGGGUUUUAUGCAGAUUGAUGUUUGCUCCUACUCAUAGAAUCACAGAAUCAUAGAAUUGUAGAGUUGGAAGGUAUCCCAAGGGUCAUCUAGUCCAACCCCCUCCAAUGCAGAAAUCUCAGCUAAAGCAUCCAGUGGUAUAGAGGGGUUUUCCAGGGAAAGUGGAGGGCAAGCAGAGAACCACUCAGACCCAUGUCCAGAAAGCACAGCACAAGCAGAAAUCCGCUCGAAUUAGUGCUUUUUAGGCAUGAUACAAGUGGAAGUGUGGACAAGCCCACAGAAUGCAUUGCAGCAUCUCUGCAUUCACACUUAUAGGUAAAGGUAAAGGGACCCCUGACCAUUAGGUCCAGUUGUGACCGACUCUGGGGUUGCAGCACUCAUCUCGCUUUAUUGGCCGAGGGAGCUGGCGUACAGCUUUCGGGUCAUGUGACCAGCAUGACUAAGUCGCUUCUGGCAAACCAGAGCAGUGCAUGGAAACGCCGUUUACCUUCCCGCCGGAGUGGUACCUAUUUAUCUACUUGCACUUUGACGUGCUUUCGAACUGCUAGGUUGGCAGGAGCAGGGAUCGAGCAACUGGAGCUCACCCCCGUUGCGGGGAUUCGAACCGCCGACCUUCUGAUCGGCAAGUCCUAGGCUCUGUGGUUUAACCCACAGCGCCACCCGCGUCCCUAUAUUCACAGUUAUACGUAUCCCCAAAUUCAUUUUUUGAACAUGACCUCUAUUGAGAUCAAAAGCCAGAGUCCUGCAGAAUAAAUAGUCACCUUUGGAAGGAAGCAACUUUAGCAUAAACACAGGCCUGGUUUAACUGGACUGAACUUAAGCCUCUCUGGGUGUAAUUAUGGAAAUAGUUAGCAGCCUCAUGCACUUCCCCAAGGGACUGACACUGCUGUUAAGAUUAGCUUACCCUAAUGCUAGAGCAAACACCAAUUGACCUCCCGUCAGAAGUGCAAGGCGACCCUUAGAAUAUGUUUAAGAGAGUCCAUCUUGAUGGUGAUUUGUACGGUUGACCUUCUAAGUUCACCCUUGGGGGAGAGAAAGGCUAGGGCUUUCACUAGCAAACAGUAUAUAGGGAAAUUGUAGAAAGGACUCUUCUUUCCUUCUUUAUGUGUACUGAAUGAGGCUAUGAAGUUGGUUAUAGCAACUCGUUAAUAGCAAUUCCUAGUUCCCAGUUUUGAUUCAGUUGCAGUGGAGGAACUGGGCUAGCCUGGACAUCUCUGUACCUGAAAAUAAGCCCUAAACUACCCCAAAAUUAUCUAUCUCCACCAUCAGCUGACACUGCCCCGCAGACUGCCCUAGCGGUGGUGCAUCUCAGAACAAGCCUUAAGAACACAAGAAGCUGCUCAGCAAAUUCCCUAGAUAAGAUCUAGGGAAAUAGUUGUAGCUCAGUGGAUGCAGCAACCUUGUUCUUGCAACCAAUCCAUAUUGUAUACGUACUUCAUACAUAUCCAAUAAGGAAACAUAGUGGUAGAGCACCCAAUUUGAACAUGGAAGGUCUCAGGUCCAAUCCCUGGUGUCUGCAGGUAGGGUUGGGAAAGAAUCCUCUCUGAAAUCCAGAAUAGUCCCUGCCAAUCCCAAAUACUGAGUGAGAGGGACCAACGGUCUUAUUUAGUAUAAGCCAGCUUCCUAUGAUCUAGUAUGGGGAAGGGCUGUAGCUCUGAGGCACAGCACUAACUGGGACAGAAAGUCCCAGGUUCAUAGAUACCAUUGUGUGUCACACAGACCUCAAGGCCGUUUCCAUACAGUUAUAAUUAUAAUUAAAAAAUCAACAAAAUUUCAUAAAAUACAAAAUGCACGCCUUACUUUAUAACCAUUUCAUGCCAUUUAACAGCAGUACCAACAGAGGAAAAAUAGUCAACCUCCAGAGAUUUUUUAAAAAACAAAUGAGCUUUUACCAACCAACGAAAGCACAUUGAUGUUGUGGUCAUGCAUGCUUUCAAGGGGAGGCAUUCCACAACUGGGGAGCCACUGCAGAGAAGGCCCUACUCCAGGUCCCUUUACAACAAGCAACACCAGUAGGGCCUCCUCUGCUGUCCUCCUAUAUACAGAGCAUCCCACUCUGACUCCCAGCUUCUUUGCUUUGAGGGUUUGAUUUCAUGGCCUGGCUCCAGUGAUGAGCAAAUCUGCCCAUUUCAAUAUCUCUCAUUUUCUCAUUUUUCCAAUCUAAAAUUCAGUUCCCCACCUUUCCACAUCAGUUUGCAAUUUAAAAAAUUACAUUUGUGAAAAUUCAUUAGCAUUUUAGUGUCCAUUUCUCCUAAUAUACAUAUUUUUGCAAAGUAAUUUCCCCUAAUGUAUGCUAUUUUUAUGAAUAUGUGAAUUUUAAAGGCAUACUACUAUAGUAUUUGUAUUUUUGUACAUAUUACUAGGCUGAAGAACUGCAUUGCAAAAUUCAGAGACAUGCGAAUUUCAAAGGAUGGCUGCGUUUUGGCUCAUGGGUUGUUUCUGAAAGUGCAUAUUUGAUAAAUUUGCCUUUGAAUGCAAGUUGAAUCAAAUUUCUCCCCCAUUCCUACCUGAGUCCUCAAUAAACCUACCCCCAUCCUGAAGGUCCCACAUUUCCUAGGCCCUCUAACACCACAGCUGACCAAUAGCCAACCCAUAUUUUGUGAAUUUCACAAGAACGAUGUGUAGUUUGAUUUUAAAUUAUAUUUGAGAUUUGUUGCACCAGAAAGCAGUGAUCUGUGGGUUCCAAACAAUUUGGGAGUCCUUUGGGGAAACUACUAUCAGGUCUGUGCUCGGCUUCGGAAUCUUCUUCUCUGGGCCUUGAUGGGCUUUUGCAAAGACAUUGGGUCUCUCCGGACAUCCUUCCUAUUGUGUAUGCAUGAGGAUUUGUGCUAAUUCUGAUAUUGGGGUACUUAUACGCAAUCCCACUUUCAAUACUUUCAUGCCUGCAAGAGUUUCAGGGCAGACAUACUGCUUCAUUUUCGAUCGGUUUAUGUCCUGUAACUUCCUGCUGAAAUCCUGUACAAAAAUUUAAUACCACAAAUGUUCCAGUUUGUUUUUUGUCCCAUUUUUGUUGUGCUGUGGCACAAAAGGGCCCCUGCACAUGGCACUAAUGCAAUAACAUUUAGGACGCAUUCCCAAAAACGCAAGGAAGUGACUGAGGCACUAUUGCCUCAGUGACAUGUUGCAGGAAGUAACCACCCACACAAACAAAACAACACACCCGUCAGGAGGGGCCCAUCUUCCCACUGGCCUAGGAAGUUCACCUUCACCCUUCAAAGUAUGGAUCAGGACCACCAACAAAGUUACGUGGAAGGUGAUGUGAGGAGGGCCUCUGUGCCAAAUUUCCUGCCAUCUCCAGAGAUAGCCUGCUUCAUACUUCCAUUGCUGCAUGGUACAGUUAUGAUCACUCUGUAUAUGGGAACCAUAGUCAGAGGCCUCUGCAAAGUUGUGUGUGUAUCUGAAGGCAGCCCUGUAUCGGGAGGUUUUUAAGGCUUAAUGUUUUUGUUUUUGAUAUGCUGCAAGCGGCUCAGAGUGGAUGGAGAAACCCAGCCAGAUGGGUGGGAUAUAAAUAUAAAUAAUAAUAAUAAUAAUAAUAAUAAUAAUAAUUAACACACACCCUACCUUUUUACUUCAAAAAAUUAGAUUAUCACAAAAGAAAUACAAAAUGGCAUCCAAAUAUGUCUAAUAAUAUUCAUAUUAUAUAUGAAUAUUUAUGUAUUCAACUAUAAAUUAAAUUAUGCUUUAAAGAGCUUUGCAUACAUUUAAUAAGUUUCCAUAUUUAUUAUUUGGUUUUAAGCAAAUGUUAAAUUAUGUGUGUGAAAGUAAGGUUAUAAUAAUAAUAAUAAUAAUAAUAAUAAUAAUAAUAAUAAUAAUAAAUUUUAUUUAUAUCCCGCCCUCCCCAGCCAAAGCCAGGCUCAGGGCGGCUAACAACAAACAAAUAAUCAAACAAUCAAAUAAUCCAACAUUCUAAAACAUUUCAUUAUAAAAAUUAAUUUUUUAGACACUGCUUUGUGAUUUUGCAUUCCUAUAAUUGCACUAUAACUGGACUACAUUUUUCAAUGAAUUUGUUUCAUGCACGUUCCCUUUUAUAAUAUGUAAGCUUUGUCAACAAAGCUAUAUCCCAUGCACUUUUAUACCAUUGCAAGGUAUCAUCUGGUUUAUAUAAUUUCCGGUUUCUUGCUAUGACUAUCCUAGGUGCAGCAAUCUUAAGUCAUUGCAAGUUUCAAACCUUUCUUGCUUGCCAGGCUUCCCAGAGAUCCCAGUAAAGCAUAUUUGGUUAUAGCAGUGCCCUUAAAUCAACCCCCUGAAUAAUGUUGAAAUUUGAACCAUGAGGGUGGAAAGUGGAUGCCCAUAUAAUACUAUUCAAUUCCCCAUUAAUGACGGUGACAAUGGGAAUUAGAGUGUAAUAGGAAUCAGAAAUGAUGAGAGAGAGCUUAUGUAUACACUACUAAAGUUCCCAUUGUUCUGCCCAACUGGAUUGGCGAAUUCUACACCACACUGGCUCCAUAAUGGGCUAGAUUGGGUGUGACCAGGGCCUAACCAAGGAAAGAGCAUAUAACCUUAAAAAAUUAAGUGCCCAGUGCUAUUCUGAGGAGAUGUUGCAGGAGUAAGACAGCAAGACUGGACUACUAGAAUACUGAAGGCUCCCCUAGUAUUGUUUCCUGAAAACAUCCACCUGUGACACAGUGAAGUGGCAAACUUUGGCCUUAGGGAGACGAUUUUACAGCACAUCUUUUUUGUGUCAUUUUCACAAGACCCUUGCUUACCUGGUUAGGCUGAGAAAGACGAUGACUUGCCCAGAAGAGCCACUUAAGUGCUUUCACACCUGAGCAAGAGAUUGCUCCUGAGCUCUGACCCAUCCAUGCCUUUACCUACCAGUGGCCACCCCACCACACUGGAAAGUGCAAUGUCUUCAUUCCCCACCCCCGCCACAAACCAAUCGGGCAAAAAGUGGAGGGCAAGGAGGGGCAGUGUGUAUGUCGGGGCAGGUGGGGGGGUGUUGCUACUAUUUCAUAAUUGAAAAAUGUUGUCCCUCAAGGGAGAAUCAAGCCACCCUUCAGCUCUGCUUCACCUACAGCGGCGGCAGGGGGGAGGGAGGAAGAGAAAGGAAUAAACAUCUCAGACGCCUUCUUCAGAGCUCCCUCAGGGGAAAAACAUACUUGAGCUACACAGGAAAGGGCUGGAUUUCAGAGCUUAAAGCAACCGCCAACACUCUCACAAAAGCUAAGAUUCUUCUCCAGUCCAAGACCACAUUCACACCAUACAUUUAAAGCACUAUACCACUUUAAACAGUCAUGGCUGCCCCCAGAAAACUCUGGGUGAUGUAGUUUGUUACGGGUGCUGAGAAUCGUUAGGAGACCCCUGUUUCCCUCAAAGAGCUGUAAUUUCCAGAAGAGGGAUUGAUGGUUAAACCAACAUUUUGGUUGCUCAUCUCUGAACCUUUCACAAUGCUAUAAUAUCUGUCACGAGGUGAGGCACCCAGAACUGUACACAGUAGUAAUUCAUAUGUGGCCACACCAUAGAUUUGUAUAACAGCAUUAUAAUCUUGGCAAUUCUAUUUUCAGUCCUAAAUAUCUCUAGCAUGGAAUUUGCCUUUCCCCACACAACUGACUGAUGUCAACAACCACUUCUGAAUCUCAAGAAAAGGGGGAGUGAAAAUGUGCAUCUAUUUCCUAUGCUAAAAUGUGCAUUUCCCAUACAUGUAGAGUGGGGAAGCAACUCUCUCUUCCUGUGGUUCCUCCAGCAACUGGUAUUCAGAAGCAUUGCUGCCUCUGACUGUGGAGACAGACCACAGCCAUCCUGGCUUGUUGCUGUCAAUAGCCUUCUCCUCCCUGAAUUUGUCUAAGCCUCCUUAAGGCAUCUAAGAAGGUGGCCACUAUUGCAUUUGGUAGCUACAUGUUCCAUAGCUUAAACUAUGUGCUGCAUGAAGAGGUACUUUUUCUGAUGUCCGUUUUUUCUAGUGUUAUCUGAGAGGGAACUUUUCUCUAUCAAUUUUAUUCAUGCCAUGCAUAAUUUUAUAAACUUCUAUCAUGUUUCCUCUCACUUGCCUUUUCUCCAAACUAAAAAGUCCCAGGCACUGAUACCCUUCAACCAUUCUCUCCAUGGCAGCUUCAGGAAGACAUUCAGAGCUGCCCUCGGCGACUACAUUAUGCUAGCAAUCCUGGUCCUCCUUUAGAGAAAGAGACUCUCAUUAUUCAAUUAAAUCCCCUCAUCCACCCAUUUACAAGAUGCCAACUGCUCCAGUGUUUUCAAAUGACCACUGAUCUCCUAAAACAGCUUUUAUUGGAAAAUUCCUUCACUCAGAAAACUCCAGCCCUUUAAAAGUCCUCACAGCAGAUAAUUAACCCAGAAUAAAAAAGUUCCCCUUCCCCUCAGCCCUCCCCUUUCCACUCAGAGUAAAUUACUCACUAGUAUUUAAACGCCCCCUUCUUUUCACCCCCUUCCCAGCCCAUUCAUUUAAAUGUUUCAAAAGGGAAGCCUUCUCCAUCAGUUUCCUCUUGUGCCAGCCCCUCCCAGCUUGCCUCCUCUCGCUCCACUACACACUGGCCAGAGCUCUAAACCUGCCAGACGGACUGAGAAAUGGCCAGGAGUCAUUGUGGAGAAGCAGCUUUUAAUGAACUAUUGGAAAGUGGAUACAGUGAUGGGUGUUGAAGUCACCCGGGUAAAGAAACCAGUUCUCAGUCUCGGGCUAUUGUGGUGUAAAUGCAAUCCAGCCCCUCCUACUGUUUGGCUGGGGUUGAAGAGGAGAGGACAGAAGGGGGUCAACUUAUAGGGUCUCUGCUCCAGUUAAUCAAUGUGAUUGGAUUAGGGUCACUGCGACCCCUAAUAGUGUCAAAGGUCGUGCCCAAUGGGAUUAGAAGCUUUGUUGAGAGGUAGCCCGUAUCCUUUCAGCGCUUGGGGAUGAAGCUUGUUGAUUAGCGUUUAACACUCCCACCACCUUUGACAGAAACAGCGUCCCUUUCUGUGGCCUUAUGUCUUUGCCCAUGUGAGAGGAAAGGAGGAGGGAGGGGAGAAGGGUUGUACGUCCGCCACACUUAGGUGUUCAGGCUGGCCUUCAGAACACAUACAUCAGAUCACACCAAACACAUCAGAAAGUCAUAACAGGAGAUUCAAUGAGUGUGAAUAUGUUACCCUUUGGCCUACAGAAGUGGUUUUCAAACUGUGUCCUUAGGAAUGCUUCAAGGAUUCUUGAAUGAGACCAGUCAUGAUGGACAAGCCACCUCGGAGGACUAUUCAUCCACCACUAUCACCUUCCCGACAAUGCACAUUGGCAGGGGGAUGUUGGCUACAUUUGAGAACACACCUCUGUUUAUGCAGAAGUGACCUAACGGGACAGGUCAAAAUAGUGUGCGUACCCCAGAAUGUUUCCCAGGAUCUUCUGCAACACACAUAGGUAAAGGUAAAGGGACCUCUGACCAUUAGGUCCAAUCAUGACCGACUCUGGGGUUGCGGCACUCAUUUCGCUUUAUUGGCCGAGGGAGCCGGCGUACAGCUUCCAGGUCAUGUGGCCAGCAUGACUAAGCCACUUCUGGUAAACCAGAGCAGCGCACGGAAACGCCAUUUACCUUCCCGCCGGAGCGGUACCUAUUUAUCUACUUGCACUUUGACGUGCUUUUGAACUGCUAGGUUGGCAGGAGCAGGGACCGAGCAACAGGAGCUCACCCUUCGCGGGGAUCCGAACCGCCAAACUUCUGAUCGGCAAGUCCUAGGCUCUGUGGUUUAACCCACAGCGCCACCCGCGUCCCGCAACACACAUAGAGAGGCACUAUGUCAGAUAUGCAGAGGUUUCCUAAGCAAACAAGUACAUGUGGGAAAGGUCUCUGAGUGGUUGAAAGUUUGAAAAACACUAGCAUACCAUUUCAUGUUUGUGGACUUCCCACAGGCACCUCCCAGGCACUGGGAGAAUGGGAUGCUGGACUAUGUGGGCUUUUGGUCUAAUCCAGCAGGUCUUUCCUUAUGUUCCUAUGCCGAUUGGUUUCAUAUUGCGGAAUCGAAUGAAUUUUUUUCUGAGACAGGUUCACAUGGUGGAAACUUUCCACAAUGCCUUAAAAAUCCCAAAGGCCAGUCAGUCAGUCAAUGGCUUUUAGUCACCCUAUCCCUCUGUGUACCAGCUGCAAGGGAGCAACAGCUUCUUACCAUCAAGUUCUGCUUGUGAGCUUCCUAGUGACAUCUGGCUGACCACUGUGAGAGAUAGGAUGCUGGAAUAAAUGGACUCUUGCCCUGAACCCACAGGACUCUUGCUAUGCUCUGUGUAUGUGUUUGUGUGUUAGUGCACUUAUUCUACUAUAGGGAAGUAUACAAAUUUAUGAAUUAAAUAUCAUUUUUUUAAAAAACCCAACCUGGAGCUAAGGGUUGUGGUUGUGGGACAAGGGUGGAAUACAGGCUCCACCCAACCUUUGACUAACUUUAUUUAGCUAUUUUCAUAAGAAAACAUAGCUCCUGGUACUUAUCUCUAUUUAAAAAUGGGUCACUUGUAAAUGUUUGGAGACUGAAAGGGAGAGAAGGCCCGUGAUUAAGUAGAGUAAACCAAUAGGUAGGCUGCCAGUAGCUCUGCUUGUACACUGAUCUUCUCAUUGAGGAACCACUAAUAAGCUUUGGAACUUCUCAGGAACACAGCACUACAGAAGAGAGACUCAAUGGUGCACCUUUAGACCUUUUCCAGCAUGCAUUCCAUUUUUAAUACCUCCUAAUUUAAUAGGAGUCCUGCGGGGAUGGACUAAGAUUCCAUCUAGUCCUGUAUUCUAUCUCCAGUGAUGGUCAGUCCACAAGAACAUGGGAAGCUGUCUUAUACUGAAUCAGAUCCUUGGUCUAUCUAGCUCACUUUUCUCUAUGUCAGCUGGGAUUGGCUCUCCAGGGCGUCUUUCCUAGCCCUAUUUGCAGAUGAUGUGGGUUGAAUCUGGGACCACCCUAUAUGUGCAUAGCCCACAAGCAGGCAUUUCCCAUUUUAUGUCCCCCCCAUCAACUGAUAUUCACAAGUAAGAUGCCUCUGAAUAUUGAUGCACCACUGAGCAAUGAUGUCUAAUCACCGCUAUGGAUUUAUCUAUGAAUUUGAUGGCCCAUUAGAGAGCCUUCUCCAUAAUGGCCUCAAAACUGUGGAACUCCUGUAUAAAGGUGCAUCAGGCACUAUAUGUUUACAAGCUUUACACAGUCACUGAAAAUGUACCUCUUUCUCCUUGACCUUUGACAGUUGAACUAUUGUUAGUGUUCCACCUAUAUACCUACUGCUUUGUUGGGAGGUAGGUAUUUUUGGAUGGGCUUCUCUUAUUUGUUUGACGGCCUUAUAUUGCUUAGAUGUACUCUGCCCUGGGAUCCUAUGAGUAACUAAUGUUCAUCAUUAUCCUCCUUUGAAAUAAAAUUGUGUGAAAAGGCACAUUGUAUUGAAUAACAGAGUCUUGAUUGGUUGUUAACAGGGCCUUGUUAACCAUAGGCACCAGGGGUGUGGGGCACCUGGGCACCAGGCUCUCAGGGGCGCCAGGCCAAGAGUCCAGGGCAGGAGAGCUGGAGUCUGGGGAAGAGCCCAUCCGUUGGCUGGAGCGCCGCGAUGGGCUCUUCUGCUGAGGGUGGCUCUGCGCCGUGAGUUUGGGGAUGAGCGAGCCAGCGAGGUGCUGAGGUGGCUGGACGGCUCCGUCCUCCUACGUGCCUGGGAUUGGCGUAGGGCUGUGGAGAAGCCUGCCCAGUGCACGCUGCUUACACCACAAAGCGCCUCGCCGACGCCUCAGGCUGGUUUGUUGAGCUGGGCCCCUUAUGUUUCCUGUUUUCUUUUCCUUAGCAGAGAUAAGUGUGGUAUCAGCUUCCUCCCUAAAAAAAAGUCAACAACUUUGGGGUUCCCCCCUAAAAAAAGGUAUGGGCAACCUGGGGCAGGGCACCGGGCGGAUCUUUGCACCCCGGCGCCGCAUAUGCUUAAGACGGCCCUGGUUGUUAAGUAAGAAGGCAGGCAACUGAGAGCUGGCUGAGGACAGAAUGAGGUUGGUGGGGCAAGUGCCCCAUUUGUCCAAAUGAACCAUCCUCCACUGGUCUGCUCAUACGCAGUGCACAAUGUUCUGAGCUAUGCAUGAGCCACACCGCUUCAUGGUCCUUGGCUCCCAAUCACAUUGGGGCAUGUGUGUGCAUACUGUGCGGGUGCAGUGAUGCAAUGGCAGGAUUUCUAGUGCCUAAGCAGCUCAGUUGUAAGUGGCAAAAUGGGAGAGGCAGUGAGCAGUGGUGAGUUAUCAGAGGAUAGAGCUGUGUGUUUCCAUAUGCUCUGUUCUACACCUACUAAGCUAGCCUGCUCCCCUUGUAAGAUCCACCACCAGUGUGGUAGAAGAUGGGGGAAGCACCAUCUUGUCCUUCAACACACAGUGCAAUAUGUCUUGGGCCAGCCCUGAGAGGCGGCCAGCACUGGAGGAAGAUUUUCUUAGUAGAAGAAAGCAUGUUUGAGAUGUUGAAGGGAAAUCUGGAGGACUUGGCAACAUCUUGAAUAUGGUAGACUGAGGAAAGGAAAAUUGAUGAUCAUCUGAGGAGUAUGUGUCUGAGAGAAAUGGGAGAUAAUGGUGUCUGACAGACAGAUAAGAACAUGGGAAGAAAUGAUAUUAAGCUGUAUGCUAAAUGCCUAGGAGAUAUCACAAAAAGGAUAUUUUGGGUUAGAACUAUUUCGGUAGUUGUAAAAGUCCAGUCAUAAGUGAGAAAGAAAGUGAUGAUUCUUCUCUUCUCAUGCCAAUUGGUUAAUUGUGUCAGAAGACACCGGAGCGUUACAUGUUUUCCAGAUUUUUCUUUUUCAGUUGUCCCAUUAGCACAAAUAUUUUCCAGAACAUUCUUUUCCCACUGGUCCCAUUGACAUGGAAUGCCAUGUUCUCAUGAACUGGAAAUGAAAGAAGGAUAGGAGAAAAAGAGGUGUUCGUGCAGUUAAUCAUCACUAAAUUUGUGUUUAAUUGUAGGGGCAUGUAUAAGGCGAAAAGGCUGAGAAACGGUUGGCACUGUGAUAUUUGGUGAAUCAUUUCACAUACUUCAGGUAUGGUAAUCUGGUCUCAAAAUGGCUGUGCCUUCCACAGCUUUAGUCAGCCAGAUGAGGGCAGGGUACCCUUCACAUGCAGAUUGCCAAAGUUUCUAAUAAAGGAUCUGUAUUUGUUGGGGUUGGGCCUUUCCUGGCAACAGACAAACCAAUGAAAUAAUUGAGAACCCUCCCAAAGGCCUCAGGCCUUCAACCCAAGCCGGUCAUUAACUGUCAGGAAUUUCCCUUCCCAUAAAUCAUGGCUGGGCCUUAAUCAUUCGCAAGUCGCUCCAGUUUUGCCCUAGUCAGUUCCCCAGAAUCUUUGGAGCUUCCUCAAAAAUCAGCAUAAUAGCUGAGUCAGGCCCCCAAUAUCCAAAGCAAAUUGUGCUACUGGAAUGGAAAUGUAGGAAGAUCAAACAUCAAAUGUUUCCUUCACUUUUCUGCUACUAAAAUGGAGCCCACUUGUUUUUCACUCACCUCCCAAACUUUCCUAGAGAAUGCUGAAAGUUUUUUGCUUUUGGAGCAAGGCUUGCUCCCACUACUCAUCCCCCUCCAGGCCUCUCUAUCUGGCCCUUAGGGUUCUCCUCCUCAGGCCACAUCAACUCCCUAUCAUCUUGCAUGCAAAGGACCCAGGUUCAAUCCCUGGCAUCUCCAGGUAAGACCGUCUGAAACCCUGGAGAACUGCUGCCAAUCAGUGUGGACAAUAGUCAGCUAGAUGGACCAAUGGUCUGGCUGGUGUAAGGCUGCUUUCUCUGUUCCCAUAAACAUGAUCCUCUGAUAAAUAUGAUAUUUUCCCUAUAGGCAUGAUCCUCACUGAACCCUCUUUGCAUUCACAUAGAGUGUUUUUGCCUUGAUGGAAUGUGUCCUUGAACCCUUAUAAUGAUUCUUGGUUACAUAGAUGCAGGAUGGAUAAAGGUAAAGGUAAAGGGACCCCUGACCAUUAGGUCCGGUCAUGGCCGACUCUGGGGUUGCGGCGCUCAUCUCGCUUUAUUGGCCGAGGGAGCCGGCGUACAGCUUCCAGGUCAUGUGGCCAGCAUGACUAAGCCGCCUCUGGCGAACCAGAGCAGUGCACGGAAAUGCCGUUUACCUUCCCGCCGGAGCGGUACCUGCUUAUUUACUUACACUUUGACGUGCUUUCAAACUGCUAGGUUGGCAGGAGCAGGGACCGAGCAACGGGAGCUCACCCCGUUGCGGGGAUUCGAACUGCCGACCUUCUGAUCGGCAAAUCCUAGGCUUUGUGGUUUAACCCACAGCGCCACCUGUGUCCCUUUCGCAGGAUGGGUAGGGGUGUGCAAUUCUAUGUAGAAAUUAGCCUAUGGCACCAAGGUAAACUUUACAUUAAUUGCAUUAUGCAUUUUGGCCUCUGGUCCUGCCCAUCACUGGUAUCCUGGCCCCACAUUUUUCAUUUUAGCAGACCAGCACAAAUGACUAAUGCAGGUGGAGGGUUACCUGAAUCGCUUGCUAAAUGUGUUUGUCUCAGGUUACUGUUAAAAGCAUAGGAGCAGAUCAGGGGAAAAGGAAGUUGGCAAUAACUGUACACAACAGCAUGAGGUGGAAUGAGACUUCAUCAGGCACUGGGUUUCCAUUGCUGAACAGCUCCUUUUUCUUUGCUUCUUUGGUGAUGGUGAAAGAUACAAUAAAAACCAAGCUGUGUCGAUACCAUCAGCAUUACAGCCCUAUGAGAUCAUUGCAUUGCACACUUUGGAGCUCUUUAAAUAGCAAUUUCAUUUCAGAAAAGGAUUGACCAAUUAUGCAUUUCAUCAAUUGCAAGAAGGUUCAGUAGCGUCUCCAGUUAGGGUUAGGCCCAUUGGUUUUGUGAUGAUAUCCCAUGAGCUUCUAAUUCCCCUCCCAUGGAUUCUAGAAGCUGCUGGUGGUGAUUGUGGAAAAUCUCAGGUUAUUUACUUAACAGCUUGUCACCAUUUGACUUUAAAUAAGAAUGCACAGGAUAGCCCCUUUUUGAGUGGGAUGUUUCACUCAAAGAAGUUCUCCAAACACAGCCAGAUGGGUGGGGUAUAAAUAUUAUUAUUAUUAUUAUUAUUAUUAUUAUUAUUAUAUCUCAUAAUUUCAUUUUAGGUGACAUUCACUAAUGACACUAGUUACUUCAGACUGUAGAGCUUGUUGGGUGGUUCAUCAUGGCAAAUGGCAGGGGCGGACUUUGGGGUCUCAAAUUUUAACAGCAUCCUGUGCAAUGCCACAAUUUGGUUUCCCUCCACCUUUCACCUUCCAGUCUACAUAAUAGUUGUGGUCCCCUGAGGCUCUGCGCCCAGUGCGACCAAACCGGCCAUGCUCUCCUAAAUCCACCUCUGCAAAUGGGACAUUACCCCACCAAACUCAGCCAUCCCCCAUCAAUCUGCCUGCCUUCCUACUUAUAAACAGUCCAGUGGGUGGCACUGCCUGUCUUCCUCCUCCUUCAUCUCAGUGUUACCCUAGCAGAACCCUGCAGGGAGGAUGAAGUGGACAAAACUAGAAUUAGUUGGUUCUGUCUGUCAUUGGCUCUAGUGCCACCUACUGUUGGGCUCCCUGCUUUCUGACCCAUCAGCCCCAAUGGGCAUCAAUCAUCACUGGCUGCAAAGCAAUACAUGAAGAAGUAUCAAAUAGCCACCCUUGAGCCACUGCUAAAUUUCAUGCACUACAGAGGAUAUGUCAUUCUGCAGCCAUUCGCCAUCAUGUAUUUUUUUUAAAAAAAAAAAAUCAUAUACUUCAUGGCAACAGAUUACAGGUCAAUUUCGACAAUUCAAGUAAAGCAACCAAACAACCAAAAAUGAUAGCAGCAGAGGUAGGGGAACCCAAAGCACAAUAUUUAAAAUGGCUGGAUAAACAGAAAUGCUCCACCAACCUGGUGCCCUCCAGAUGUCUGGAACUCCAACUCCCAUCCACCUCAGCCUGCACUGGGCUGGUGAGAACUUUAUGGGGGGCACCAGGUUGGUGAAGCCUGGGGUAAGACAGAGGUUGCUAAUGUGGCAUCUUCCAGAUGUUUCUGGACUCCAACUCCCAUAAACUCUUAUUAUUAGCCACAUUGGCUGAGGCUGCUGGAGUCCAGUGGCAUCUAAAAGGCACCAUAUUGGCUACCCUCAGGGGCACCAGCUAUAGGGGGCAGAAGGGGCUUCAGCUACCUCAAAAUUUCUAAGCAGGGAGCUGACCCCCCCCCCCCAAUAUUUAGGGAGCCGCCAUCCCCUGCCGCUCCCGGGCAAGUGCUCGCACCUAGCCUCAGUUCUGCUCCCGAGUCACGUCUGACUGCAGGAGAGACGGUGGCAGCAGUGAGCCAUGGUGGCACCCGUCUCCUGUGGAGGGCUGCACAGCCGUAGUUCCACUUCUGGGUCAGGUUUAACCCAGGAUGCAGAGAGAUGCAGGAGAGUUGCAGAAGUUGCCGCCUCUCUCCUCAGCUGGGCAGCACCAUGUGAACCACGUGAACUCUUUGUGAACCAAGAGUGCAUCCUAGAACAGGGGCUGAUGGACUUCAACCCCAUGGGAUCUACUUGGCUUUUUACUAGAGUACCCCAGUGUCCAACAACCAAAGCCAGGCACAAAAUGGUAGUUCACAUGGGAUGGAGCCAGAACCUCGGAACCCCAGAAUAAGUGACAAAUGUGUAGGAAUGGGUGAAUUUGCUGGCUUUGGUUCUCUGCAUUUCUCGUUUUUCCAAUCUUAAAUUCAAUUAUCUACAUUGCCUCCCACAGCAAUUUGCAUUUUUAAAAAAACAACCCUCAUGAAAAUUUGUUUGUAUUACAGUGUGAAUUUCUCCUUAUUUUUGUAUUUUGUAUGUCAUUUAGGCUUAUAUUCGCAUUUUUGCAAAGCCAUUUGCUGAAAUAUAACACAUUUUUGUAUGUUAGCUUCAUUAAUAUAUGCAUUUGAAUGCAUCCUCUCCCCUAACAUAAUGCACUGGACACAUUGUUGGGUUUGGGAAACAGAUAAAAGCACUUAUUCAUGCAACACAUAGUUUAACUAUGGAACUUGCUCCCACAGGAAGCAGUGAUGGGUACCAAAUUAGAUAGCUUUCAAAGAGGACAGAACAGACUCGUGGAGGAUAAGGCUAUCAAUGACUACUAGGCAUGACAGCUAUGCCCUGCCUCCACAGUCAGAGACAGUAUGGCAUUGAAUACCAGUUGCAGGGAAUAGCCAGUGGGCAGAGAGCUGUUGCACUCAGACGCAUCUGGUUGGCUACUGUGAGAACUGAAUGCUGGACUAGAUGGUCACUAGUCUGAUCCAACAGGCUCUUCUUAAGUUCUUAAAUGGGGCACUACCCCAUGAACCUCAGUUUGCCCACAACCAGAUCCCACCUAGCUAUUACCUUACAGCCAGUCCAAAGGGUAAGGGACGCGACUGGCGCUGUGGGUUAAACCACAGAGCCUAGGACUUGCCGAUCAGAAGGUCAGCGGUUCAAAUCCCCGCAACGGGGUGAGCUCCCAUUGCUCAGUCCCUGCUCCUGCCAACCUAGCAGUUUGAAAGCACGUCAAAGUGCAAGUAGAUAAAUAGGUACCGCUCCAGCAGGAAGGUAAAUGGCGUUUCCGUGUGCUGCUCUGGUUCACCAGAAGCGGCUUAGUCAUGCUGGCCACAUGACCCGGAAGCUGUACGCCGGCUCCCUCGGCCAAUAAAGCGAGAUGAGCGCCACAACCCUAGAGUCGGUCACGACUGGACCUAAUGGUCAGGGGUCCUUUUACCUUUACCUUAGUCCAAAGGGUGGCACUGCAUCCCAGCUUGCUCCUCCUUUGUCUUAGUGUUGCCCCUUGCAGAACUUAGCAGGGAGAAGGAUGGGGCAAAACUAGAAUUCAUUUGAUGCUGCCUGUCACUCACUCUGGCUCCACCUAUUGUUGGGCUCCUGGCUUCUGCCCUACCAGCCCCAGUGGGCAGCAACCACCAGUGGCAGGCACUUUCAGCAUGCUUUUUUUAAAAAAGCUUUUUUGGUGGACUGUGUAAGUCUGGCCUAAAUGGGAAACCCAAAAAUUCAGAAGCGUGUGUGUGUGCAUUUACAGAUUGUACAGUUCCAGGAAAAUCGAGAGUGCCUUGCUCACUCCACACACCCCAAAUUCAGCAGACUUCCAGGGUUGACUUUAAGAGCUGAGCGGUCUACAAUUCUUCAUACUGAUUUUGUUUGUGUGUGCGCGCACGUGCGCAUGGAAAUGAUAGAGAUUUGGUGUCUUGCUGAAACAGUCCCCACUUUCUUUAUAAUACAUUCCUGAAAAUGUGGUUGUGGUUUAUUUUUAUUUUUAUUUUAAAAGCAAGAUUCUUUAUAAUACUGAACCUGAUGGCUUUGAUUUUGGCAAAGGGUGGGGGUGGAAGAGAGAGAGAGAGAGAGAGAGAGAGAGAGAGAGAGAGAGAGACUUUGCAACAUACUUUUCUGGCAUAUAGUUCCUAAUUGGAAUAUGCCCUUUGGAUAUUUGAAAAUUGGCCCAGAUAUGGUCUUUAAUGAAUAACACUUUAAUUAAAUUUUUACAUAUUUAGCAUGCAGCAGGAGAAAUAGUUAGGCAAAUGGCACAAGCAUUAAUCACGUACAAGUGAGUCAGUCCGAGCAAGCAUACAUUAACAGAGCUUAGGAAACACCCUUUCCUUUGAAGGUGAUGUAGAGGAUGCUGGAAAAGCAAGGCAAAUAAUUAAAAUGGGAGAUGGAUACAAACGAUAGGAGAUAAAGCGUGUGUGUGUUGAGGGGUGUAGGGAAGUCUGAGUAGGAAACAUUUAGAACCACAAAGGAUGCUGCAAAGCUUUCUGCACUUAAAAAGAGAUAUUGCUAGAGCUAGCUCUAACAUGAAUUGAGGUUGAUAUGCAGGUCCAGCAGCAGAAAAACGGCCCCAAACUGGGUCAGGGGAUCAGGAGUGUUCUGAGGUUAAAGAAGAUUAAUCAGCUAAGAUGUUUUUUAAUUAGUUGGCAUCCCUGCUAAAGAUGUUUAUAUUUAUCUAUUGCCUCCAGCCCUCUCUCUACCUUUGUUUCUUUCCCCUUUAGGGUGAAGGCAGACAUAUUUAAACACUGGGUACAGCCGGUGGAGGCUGAUCCAUCAGGGCAAAUGGGGCACUGCCCAAUAACUUCAGACUACCCUCAGCCAGCCCCUACUUGCCUGAUGUCUUGCUUAAAGCCAGUCCAAGGGGUGACAAUGCCUAUCAGCUUCUCCUUGGUCUCAGUGGUGCACGUGCAAAAAUCAGCAGGGAGGAGGAUGGCAACAAAACUAAAACUAGUCAGCUUUGCCUGCAAUUGGCUUUGGCUCCAUCUACUGUUGGUCUCCCUGCCUUAUGCCUGACCAGUCCCAAUGGGCGCUAAUCACCACUUGGUACAGCACCAGUGUGAUCCUGCCUUUGCAACUGAAAUUGCACCUGCAUAUACAGCCAAAUGAGCACUGUAUCAGUCUUUUCUUCCACCCACACACAUCCCCAAUGAUUCAGUUCAUUGCUUACAGCAAGGCCAGGGACCCUGGUGCCCUUAGUCUAUUGUCAUUUUGACUUCAAUUGUUGUUAUUUUUUUCUUAUUGAUCAUUUUAUUGUUUUAUCUUUUUUGCAAACCGCUUUCAGGGUUGUUGUUUUUUCAAUCCAGCGGUGUAUAAAUUUCAUUAAAUAAUAAUACAUAUGUUGUUGGAUUACAACUCCCAUCGUUUUCUGUUUCUUGGGUUUCUAUCCUGUUCUUCAUCCUAAAGAUGUCCAGGGUGGCUAAAAUAGUUCCCCACUACUGGCUUGUAAAUAUUUUCACUCAGGGCCAACAAACUAGAAAUGCAUGUGACAUAUGGUUUUGGGGUUUACUUGGAUGCAGGUGUGUGGGAUGGGGUUCUGAAUGGUAUCAGAGCAGCAGAGGAGAGAAAAGAUGCUUGUUUUAACUCUUUUCCCAUGGUGUGUUUUCCCAAUCAAAAUAUCCUUCCGGGUGCUUUCCUACCUAUGGAGCUGAUGGUACAUGGGCACCUUUCUCCCUGGUAAGGAUAAAAGCAGUUGAGGCAAUGGUGGCUUUGAAUGUGAAAAGGAUUCACCGGGAAAGGAGUUAAGCAUCUCUCUCCUCCCUGCACCCCCUUAAGGUUUCCCAUAUUAAGUUGUGUUAAGGUCUGCUACUCACAUCUAGUUUGGCAUUCAGCAUUGAACUCGGUGGGAUUUAUGAGAUGCAUAUGCAAAGGACUGUGUGGUUUACCCUACUCCUCUUUCAAGGAGAUCAGCUUACAAGUGUCUCCAAUCCAGACAUAUGUGUUUAGCUUGAACUUGAUUACAUGCUCUCCAGUAGUCAAAUGUUGUGUACACACAGCAUUUUAUUCUAGCAUCAGUGGAGAUGGAGUACUUGUUUUUCUACACAGUCCACACACAGUCCAGUCUAUUACAGUGUGGUGCGGAUAUUGCCAAGGUUGCAGGUUCGAUCCCCAUAUGGGAAAGCUGCAUAUUCCUGCAUUGCAGGGGGUUGGACUAGAUGACCCUCAGGGUCCCUUCCAACUCUACAGGUCUAUGAUUCUAUGAUUCUUGAGAAGCUUGCUGCAAAUUGAGUCUGCAUUACUCCACAGUGUGUCCAUUUGAAAAUAAAUAUAGGCGAUCCCAGCAUUUGAGGAAGGGGUGUAUCCACACCUGCCUCAUGGUAUGGGUGGGCAUAUACCAAUAUCACAAUCUCCACUUCCUUCUUCAUUAACUUGGGGGAUGUGCAGAGAGGAAAAGGUGUGCAUGAUCCCAUAAGAGGAGGGUUAGCCAAACUUUCCUUUUCAAAGCGGCUUUUGAGUUGUAGAUGGCUGGAUUAUUAUUUUUUAUGCCUUAAAUAUGAAGAUGCAGAAUACAAAUAAAAAUAUAGAACAUGUAUACAUGUAUAGGGACGCGGGUGGCGCUGUGGGUAAAAGCCUCAGCGCCUAGGACUUGCCGAUCGAAAGGUCGGCGGUUUGAAUCCCCGCGGCGGGGUGCGCUCCCGUCGCUCAGUCCCAGCGACUGCCAUCCUAGCGGUUCGAAAGCACCCCCGGGUGCAAGUAGAUAAAUAGGGACCGCUUACUAGCGGGAAGGUAAACGGCGUUCCGUGUGCUGCGCUGGCUCGCCAGAUGCAGCGUGUUGCGUUGGGCACGUGACCCGGAAGUGUCUGCGGACAGCGCUGGCUCCCGGCCUCUAGAGUGAGAUGAGCGCACAAACCUAGAGUCUGUCAAGACUGGCCCAUACGGGCAGGGGUACCUUUACCUUUUUAUACAUGUAUAAAUAAGUUUAAAAUGAUAUAAACAUACAAUUUAACAGGAUAAACAAAAAAACUACAAAGGAAAUUAUUCCUAAUAUUAUUCAAUUUAUACUAUUUCCUCAAUAGCAAAUAAGGGUUUCAUUCAUGCUCCAUUCUCUCAUUCCAAUAGGAAACAAACUCCAUUCUUUAAUCAAGGUGUUAUCACUUUGUCUUCCCUCACUAACCCUAAACAUAUUUAUGAAGUUGAUCAUUUGGGCAAUGUCCCAGAUUUUAUUUAACCAGCCUUUUUCUGGGUACUCCUGUCUUUCUUGAUGCCUGCACUAUGCUCAUUCAUGGUACUUUAUUGCAUUGGUUUUUGAGAAAUUCCUUGGGUCCCGUACUGCACCGAGUGCAUCCUUCCAUGAAUGGUCAUCACCAGUGCUUUUUUUCUUUAAAAAUAAUGUUUAGAGGUAUCAUUUUCCUACCGAUAUUGAAAUAAUGCCCCUCAAGGAGGUCAAACUUAGAUUCACAAAAUGUUUAGGGGUAUGCAUACCCUCAGAAAAAAGCACUGGUCCUCACAAUGCCACCACCUACUGAAUUACAGGGAGUAACAGGAUGCCAAUAUAUAUGUUUAUUCGAACAGAUCCAUGCAAUAUGCAAGGGGUGAGCUAUACUAACUUUAGAAACCACUCCUAUGCUUGAAACACAAGCAUUAAUUCUAAUUAGGGAACAGAACAUUCAGAACAAUGAGUAAUUUUAUGCAGAAUACAAAGGGUAAUAAACUUAAGUCCACUGAUUGCCAUGGGACUGCUCUGAGUAUGACUAAUGUUGGGUAUUAUCCUAACACAACCAUUUUUUCCCUCUUUAACAGCUAUCCUAACCCUUUACCUGUGCUUUUAUGACCUGAGGAGACACCUGAGAAUCCUGGUGGUCCACUUUCCCACCUCCCCAGGCCUGCAGUUCCUCACCCCUGUUUUAAAUGAUAAUAAAUAAUCACCUACUUCAUCAGAUAGGCACAUAGGAAGCUGCCUUAUACAAUGUAAAGCCAUUGGGCUAUCCAGUUCAGUGUAAAAGGUAAAGGAACCCCUGACCAUUAGGUCCAGUCAUGACCGACUCUGGGGUUGCGGUGCUCAUCUCGCUUUAUUAGCCGAGGGAGCCGGCGUACAGCUUCCGGGUCAUGUGGCCAGCAUGACUAAGCUGCUUCUGGCGAACCAGAGCAGCGCACGGAAACGCCGUUUACCUUCCCUCCAGAGCAGUACCUAUUUAUCUACUUGCACUUUGACGUGCUUUCGAACUGCUAGGUGGGCAGGAGCUGGGACCGAGCAAUGGGAGCUCACCCCGUUGCAGGGAUUCGAACCGCCGACCUUCUGAUCGGCAAGUCCUAGGCUCUGUGGUUUAACCCACAGCGCGACCCGCGUCCCUCCAGUUCAGUGUAGUCUACCCUUAGUGGCAGCAGUUCUUCAGGGUCUCAGGCAGUCCCACCUGAGGAUGCCAGAGUUUAAAACAGGGACCUUCUGCAUGCAAUUGGGGCCUUCCCUACAGGAUAUUUGUGAAAGGUAAAUGAGCAUUGUGCUCAUAAGGAGUGUUGUAAACAGGAUAGGAAAAAAGAAGCACCCUCUUCAGAGACUCCAUAGAAAUUCUGAAUGAUCAGAGGGGGUGGGAUGCACAUGGAAGCUUAAGAGGCAACCCUAUGUUCCCCCAUUGGGCUCCAUUGAGCUCAACAGGACUUGGCUUUAAGUAAGUAUGCAGAGCAUAACUGGACUUUUAGAUGUUUUUCCAUAUUUCUUUUCAAUAUAUGCAUUUGUUUGUUUGUUUGUUUGUUGGUUGGUUGGUUGGUGAUUCACAUAGCCCACCUUCCGUAAAAAAUGACCCCAAAGUGGUUCCCAUAUAGCAAUCAAAUAAUACAAAAAGAAAUGGGAAAAAGAAAAGAAACAUAAUAAACCAACAGCAAUCAAUCAAUCAAUCAAUCAAUCAAUCAAUAAAGCUGAACACGUAGAGACCAAGGAAUCCCUCAGUGGUGGGAAAUCUAAUGCAUCUAAUGUUAUUUUUACACAAAUCCUUCCUACCCUAUUCCAUAGUGUCCCCGGAUACCUCAGACUGAACCAUAAAAAUAUAAGAGUAGUUCUAGUGGGUCAGAACAAAGACCAGUCUCCAAUGUAAGUCUGAACAGAGCUUCAAAUGGGAUGAGCAUCCUCUGCUGCCUGUUUCUACCAUUUAGUAAUUAGAGGUACACUGCCUCUGAUCCUGGAGGUGAACAGUCAUUGGUGACUGCUAUCCUCAAUAAUUUUGCCUAAAAGCUGCUGGUGUUGGUGGUCUUUAAUAUUCAGUCCACCCCAGGAAAAAAUUAAAACACCACCAGAAAGCCAGAAAUGAACAGAGCAAUCCAAAGGAGAUCAAGGAAAUUAAUUGUCGGAAAUGAGUUUCAGGAAGGGUGUGUGUGUUUAAGCCAGGUCCUUGGGAACAACUCUGAGCUUCAGUCAUCUUUUGAAAGGGGGGCUGGUAGACAUCCCAAAAAACACAGGUUAUGACCUGUGACCUUCCUAUGAGAAAUUGUUGCCUUUUAGGAUGUGUUAGUAGGACCAUCCUUUUCAUCAAAUGCGUGUUUCUCCUGGCGGUGGGAGGCAAUCACACCAGUAUAUCAUUAACUUGCAGAGAAAAGGGGCCGUAAAAGGACUUGAUGGGGGACCUUAGCCCACACCCUGCUGGGGUCUGCUAGGAGCACAAUAUCCCAGAGACCAGGAGAUUAAGCUAAAGAGAAAAAGUGAAAGUGCUUUUCACGAUUCACACGCCCUUUAGAUUGUUUUAUUAAACCACUUGAAUAGGGAUUUCCCUUGCGGCUGGCGACGGGGCCCGGCCAACGCAUAGUUCUAGGUUGCUAUGACUUGGUUGGUUCUUGCUAAUCAGUGCAAGGGCGAACUUCAUAUAAAAUAUCUUGGGCCAUUGUUAGCCUAACGUGCCGUGACACCUCCAUCACAAAAGGGGAUUCAUUCACCCCAGCAGGUAAUAAGGACGACUUGCCAUACCAACCAAGCUGGGCUGUCAAGAGGGAUCAUGCCAAGGGCGAGGGAGCUCUUGCAUUCCGUUCUCAGGUGGGCUGAGGGCGAUCCUUUUGUCUAGCAGAGUCUGCUGAUCACAGAAAAUGAUUUUCUGUAGAAUGGAUGGGGGAAGGGGGGUGUUUUGGUUGGUUGGUUGUUGGGGUUUUUUUCUUGUUUUUAAAGUCGUUGUGCAGACCCCAGAAGAACUGCAGAGGAAGACUCAUGGGGCUGCAAAUAUGCAGAUUGUCCUGGGACAGGAUGCUGCCCUACUCAGAAUCAUAAGGGUUGGGAGAACAAGGAUCAUUGGGCUUCAAAAUGGCCUUGUGGUGGCGGCUUCUACCUUAAGCGGCUUUUUAAAAGGAUUAGACACUAGGGAUCGGCAAAUCUGUCAGUUUAGGUUCCUCUCGGUUUCUCAUUUUUCCAAUCUUAAAUUUAAUCAGCCACAUUUCCACAUUAGUCUGCAAAUUUAAAAAAAAAAACCAUCAGCAUUUUAGUGUGUAUUUUUGCAAGGAAGUUUCCUUAAUAUAUGUAUUUUUAUGCACACUUCCCCUUAAAAUAUGCCGUUUUGUACACAUUUGGUUGGAGGCUUGUAUCACAAAAUUUGGGGAGCUGCUAGUCUUUUGAUAUGCAUGUUGUUUAGAGAACUGCAAAUCAGAUAGGUUCACUUUCAAAUGUGAACCAAACCAAAUUUCUCUCCUUCAUUACCCAUAUAUUCUAUCCUUCUUCCACCUUCUGUUCACCUUCAUUACCCAUAUAUUCUGUCCUUCCUAUAUACUAUGCCCCCUCCCUUCAUUUUGCCUUCAUCCCAACCCUGUGUGGCAGGCAAAAAGGGAAGCAACUGAUGGGCUCACGGUCAACCACUACGCUUUGUGGCCAAGCCUAGGGAAUGGUUGCACUACAGGAGAACUGUGUCUCUGAAUAUUAGAUUCAGGGGCAGGGGGUACAUUGAAGGCUCUUCUGUGCAUGCUCUUCUUGUGCGUUUCCCAAAGCCAUCUAGCUGCUACUUUUGGAAAUAAAACGCUGUGCUAGGCCAGGAGUGGGGAACCUCAGGUCUGGGGGCAGUAUGUGGCCCUCGAGGCACCUCUAGCUGGCCCUUCAAUCUCUCCCCAGGUCACUCCCCCUCUCCCCAGACUAAGCACCUCAGUAGCCCUUUCUUUGUACCCUUCUUCUGUGUUUUUGCCUUUCUGGAAUGUGCCCUUGAACUCUGAUAAUGCCUCUUGCUUGCCUGGUUGGAGGAGGAGGAGUGUGUGUGUGUGUGUGUGUGUGUAGAAAAGAGUCUACUGUAUAAAAGUAACAUUUGCAUUCAUUGUUCCACCCACUUUUGCCUCUGGGUGGUUGCCCAGGAGAGAAUGUAGCCUUUGGGCUGAAAAGGGUUCCUCACCCUUGUGCCAGAUGGACCCCUGGUGUGAUUCAGCACAGCAUAUUUCUGCAUAUUUAGCUACACACCAGCUCCCUAGUCCCCCAAGAAUAAAGGGGCCACUGAAAAACACUAGCACAGCAAACACAUCCUGAUGACUCGAGUGAGUGAGCCAGGCCAUACACAACAAUAGGAAGCAAAUAAAUUAAUAUAUAAAUGAAACCCUCGCUCCUUAGAGCAAAUACAUUUCCUAUAUGAUGAUGAGCCUGUUCCUGAGCUUCACCAACCCCACCCACCAAGUUUUCCCAUGGGAAAUUGUGUUCUGCAGGAAGCCCAUGCCAUUCCCCACACUAUCUUUGUAUUUCCUGACAAUUAUUUGUCCAGUUUUUCUUUUGACACCUCCCAGGGAGCAUAUUCUCUAACCUCCCAAGGUAGCCUGUCCCAUUGUUGAACUAUCUCUUAGACUUUGGAAGUGGACCCAAAUGUUACUUAUACUUAUAUUAUAUUGUGACUUUGAUCGGUAAAGUCUCUUAUACAGAUUGGCUGAGCUGGUGUGAUGGUAGAGAAUAUUCACAAACAUUCUAACUUCUCAGUGAACAAAGAAUGUUUGCAGUCCGAUUUCUGUGAGGGAAGAAAAUAGUGGUUGGUUGGGAGACAGCACUGGGACAGGCCAAAGUUAAGAGGUUCUAGGAGUUAGGGGACCUAAAGGGCAAGAAACCCAGAAGCAAGGUCGUGGUAAGGAGGAUGCAGACGAGCCACCAUUUUAAGAAACAGGAAGUGUAGUGAAAGUAUUCUUAAGGACAUGGGCAGAGGUGACAAAUAAAGGAACUUCACGUAUGCAACAACAGCAGCAAGAAUACUCAUCGCAAAGUAUUGGAAGACACAAGAACUUCCCACGCUGGAGGAAUGGCAGAUGAAACUUAUGGACUAUAUGGAAUUGGCGGAAAUGACUGGUAGAAUCCGUGACCAGGGAGAAGAGUAGAUGGAGGAAGACUGGAAGAAAUUCAAAGACUAUCUUCAGAAACACUGCAAAAUUAAGGAAUGUUAGAGUGAUGUUGGACUGAAAACAAGUGGUUUCCAGCUGUACAGGUUAAAGUUAAGGAUAGAUUAAGAUUAAAGAUCAAGAUUAAAGAUGUUUAAAGAAAUGGAAAUUUGAUAAUAAAAGGAAAAAAUUUAAAGUUAUAUGACAUUAAGAUCAAGGAUUAGGUUUAAAAAAGUUGAAGUUAUAUAUCUUAACGUUUUAUUAAAUUAAAGAUUGGGAUUAAAAAGUGGGAAAGAAACUGCUGGACAAACAAUGUAGAUUGGAAUACAAAAGAGGGAGGUAUGAGGAAGUCCAGAAAAUAAGUAAUUUAAAAUUGGAAAUGGAAAAGAGAGUUUGUUUUUAAUUGCUAUGUUUUGUGUUUUUAUUGUUAAGUUUUGUAUUGUUUUGUGUGUGUGUUAUUUUUCUUUUUUUGUUAGUUUAAAACUUUAAUAAAAAAUUAUUUAAAAAAAAAAACAAAUAAAGGAACUUCACAUAUUGAAUGAGCCAACUAAUAAUUUUGGUUAUAGGCUUCUAAUAGUAUAUAUAUUUUUCCUAUAAAUUAAACUUCAUUUUCUACUGCCAUAAGUAAAUACAGUGGUACCUCGGGUUACAUACGCUACAAGUUACAGACGUUUCAUGUUACAGACUCCGCUAACCCAGAAAUAGUACCUCGGGUUAAGAACUUUGCUUCAGGAUGAGAACAGAAAUCGUGUGGCGGUGCAGCAGCAGCGGGAGGCCCCAUUGGCUAAAGUGGUACCUCAGGUUAAGAACAGUUUCAGGUUAAGAACGGACCUCCAGAACGAAUUAAGUUCUUAACCCGAGGUACCACUGUAUGUUAAGCAGUAUUUAAAAACAACUCCUAAGCAAUUUGGACCCUGCAUAUUGUAUGAACUGAAGCAUUCCUUACAUCCCACUGCAAUCUCUCAGAUCUGCCAAGGCUACUAACUUGGGCUACGAGGGGAUAAAGCCUGGCAAUUUCAUUGGCUAUCCCAUAACCCCUCUCUGCACAACAUAUGGAAAUUCAUGACACAGAAAAUGCUAUUGCUCACUGGUAGAGCACAAACUUUGCAUGCAGAAGGUCCCAGGUUCAAUCUCUAGGUAAGGCUGUGAAGGAUUACCUGAAACUCUGCUGGUCCUCUGCCUAGUCAAUGGAACAAUACUGAGCUAAAUGGACCGAUGCUGCGACUUGUUAUGAGGUGGCUUAAGAUGCUCUUAGGGACACGGGUGGUGCUGUGGGUUAAACCACAGAGCCUAGGACUUGCCGAUCAGAAGGUCGGCGGUUCGAAUCCCCGCGACGGGGUAAGCUCCCGUUGCUCGGUCCCUGCUCCUGCCAACCUAGCAGUUCGAAAGCACGUCAAAGUGCAAGUAGAUAAAUAGGUACCGCUCCGGCGGGAAGGUAAACGGUGUUUCCAUGCGCUGCUCUGGUUUGCCAGAAGUGGCUUAGUCAUGCUGGCCACAUGACCUGGAAGCUGUGCGCCGGCUCCCUCGGCCAGUAAAGCGAGAUGAGCGCCGCAACCCCAGAGUCGGCCACGACUGGACCUAAUGGUCAGGGGUCCCUUUACCUUUACCUUUUAAGAUGCUCUUAUUUAUUUAGCUUGAACAGAUCUUUUAUCAUGCAUGGUUUUUUUAAAUGGGAUGGGCUUGAGAACCAGAUGGUCAGCAAGAUGCAUGCCCUGACCAGCAAGCAUGGCCACCUUCAACCACCAUGGCCAGGAAUGUUGGGAGGAAUGAUGGGAGUUGUCACCCAGCUACAUCUGAAGCAUCACGGGUUGCCCACCCCUGUUUUAUACUGGUAUCUCUUUAACCCAACCACAUGUCUUAUCUUUCGUCAAUUGUCUGUGUGGAAUUCCUGGCAUGAUUUGCUCCCUUAAUAAUUUUUCCUUAAUUAUUUGCAUGGCUGUUUAUCUGAUGGAAGCAUUAUGCCUCCUGAGGGUAAUUUGGUGCAUUCAGACUUCAGACAUAACAAGGCCUUAUCAAGAAUUGCAGACAGUACUCUGACACUAAAUCAGAGGUGGAACUUGGAAACUAGCAGAGAUCUUCAUAAUACCCUACACAAGUCUCACAGUGAAGGCUGGUCCAUUAGGAUGCGUGGAGAGCUGCCCCACCACACUUAGUCUGCCCUCAAGCAGCCCCCACCCUACCAGCCUUCUUCCCUACAAGCUGUCAGGGGGUAUGUGGCUCUGCCUGUCAUUGGCUCAGGUUCCACCUACUGUCGAUCUCCCUACCUUUCACCCUGCAAAUCCCAAGGGCAUCACCCACCACUGCUCUCUGAAGUGGGCAUUUGUCACCCAUGCACAGCAGAACAUCUCUUGUUUUGAGUCAGAGUACCAAAAGGUACAAACCUAUACAGCAUCUUAAAAAGGAGACAUCACCUUGCUGACAAAGGUCCAUAUAGUUAAAGCUAUGGUUUUCCCAGUAGUGAUGUAUGGAAGUGAGAGCUGGACCAUAAAGAAGGCUGAUCACCGAAGAAUUGAUGCUUUUGAAUUAUGGUGCUGGAGGAGACUCAUGAGAGUCCCAUGGACUGCAAGAAGAUCCAACCUCUCCAUUCUGAAGGAAAUCAGCCCUGAGUGCUCACUGGAAGGACAGAUCCUGAAGCUGAGGCUCCAAGACUUUGGCCACCUCAUGAGAAGAGAAGACUCCCUGGAAAAGACCCUGAUGUUGGGAAAGAUGGAGGGCCCAGGGAGAAGGGGACGACAGAGAAUGAGAUGGUUGGACAGUGUUCUCGAAGCUACCAGCAUGAGUUUGACCAAACUGCGGGAGGCAGUGGAAGGCAGGAGUGCCUGGCGUGCUCUGGUCCAGAGGGUCACGAAGAGUUGGACACGACUAAAUGACUAAACAACAACAACACCACAAGGUGCAGCACAUUUUAGAUGAAAUGUGAGCUCAUGAGAACAAACAUGGAAUCUUGGGUCAGGGUUUCAUAUUCUUCUUGACUCAAAACCUGGUUCAGAAUGUACACCAGGGAGGGGUGCAUAAGAAGAGUCUGGCUGCUGUAUCAGACUUGUGGCCCAUCAGGUCCAGCACCCUUUCCUCGCACUGGCCAAUCAGAUGCCUAUAGGAGUCAGGCAAGUAGAACUUGAAUGCAACAGCAACUCCUAGCAAUUAGUAUUCAGGGGCAUAUCGCCUCCAACAGCGGAGGUAGUAUCAUAAACCUUCAUCCUUACCUCUGAUUAUCUAUCUGAUAGAAGUCCUUCCUGGAUCUGGCUAAAAUUACAGCUAAAAGCCACCUGUCAAUACACCACCCCAUUUUUUUUCUCCCUUCAUAGGCCCAAGGCUAUAUUUUGCUGGUACACAUCCUAUUGAUUUGGCUGUGAAGUCAUGAAGGUACAUGGGAAAUUCCCUCACCCAGGCACCUUUUUUUCCUGGGGCAUAGCAAAGAUAGAGAAUACAUGUAUUUUUAAAGGCUUUUAUGCUUACACAGGAACAGAUAGUUUGGUAAUCAAAACUAUUAAACCUUGGCAGGGCACCAAGCCGAGAUGGAGAUCAUCCCAGAAAACAAAACAAAAAAAGAGUUAGAAGAGACUUGGAAGUCUUUGGCAUGUAUGUAAUUUACGGAGAAUGCUGGGAAUGUGUGGGAGGGAGUGCCCAAAGGCGGGAAGGGAGUAAUAUGUUGCUUCCAUCCAAAAAAAAAGAGGAAGAUCCAAGCUGUUGGGAAGUUGACUUCGCUUAUGGCAAAAAUAUUGGGAACGUUGGAAACCAAAUAUUGACGCAAAGCUGCUUUUUUAGGGUGAACUCAACUGAGGUAGUGAACUCAACUGGAAUAAGGUGAAGAAAGGUUUUUCUUCAAAUGCAUAAACCUUGUGGCUUCCAUUGCAGUUGACCAAGUUAAAAUAAGGAGAUAAAUCCUGUAGAUGCAAUGUUCACAUAACAUACUAUCCCACUUCUUGCAGAUCAGGGAUAUGGAAUGUUACCUCCAAACAUUGUUCGACUCCAACUCCCACCAGCCUCAGACAACAUGGAUAAUGGUCAGGAAUGAUGAGCAGUGGUGUUCCAAUAUCUGGAGAGAAACAAGUUGCCCAUCACUAUUAUAAGCAAUUGCAUGGGCCUCUGGAAAGUUCUACUAAAUUGUGAAGGGUGCUCACAUAGAAAGCUCUUCUCUUCUUUGCCUCAGAGCUGUGCCUUUUCUAUGAUGACAAUCCUGGUGAGAGAUGCAGGACCCAAGAUGGGGAGGUGGAGCUUUUCAUGGGCCCGCAGGCCCAUAACCAGGUGGGGGGAAACCCAAGGCAUAAUUGUAGAAUGGGGUGAGGAACCUCAGGCUCACGAGCCAAAUGUUGCCCCCAAGGCCUCUCUAUCUGGCCCUUGGAACUCUGUAUUAUAUGGACUGUCCAGAUCUUACUAGAUUUGCUUUUGAACAGAAAACACAAUAUUCAGAACCCAGAUCUGCUUGCUCCACAGCAUGCAGACAUGCGAUGUGCAUGUACAAGAGAGAGAAAGAGGUUGCAGUCUGGGGUUUACCCCCUCACACACUGCAAGCUCAUGUGAGAGGUUUGUAGGGUUGUACUGAUUAGCUCCAGACCCUUGCCAAGGCACUUUUGCAGACAUCACCUUUCCAUUGCACACAUAUUUUGGUUGUGUGUAGGGGGCAUAUGCAUGUAUGGCCCCUUCACAAAUGCAUGGUCAACAGGAGGCAUGGGCACUAACCAUUACAAACCCAAGACACCUUCACGACAUGAGGUCAGAGGCAGUGUGCUUCUGAAAACCAGUUGCUGGAAACCACAAUGAAUGGAGAAGAGUUGAGCGGUCCACGUCCAGUUUAAAGAUAAUGAACUGCUAGAAGGAGCAGGAGGGGCCUUGAAGUUGCCUAUCAACAGUUAGUAGCAGGCAGGCAGGUCACCUGGUUACAGUCUUCUCCACUAGGAUAAGAUGCGUUGUAUUUCUAUUUCAAUUAUAGAAAUUGUUUGAAAUAUGCAUCUCUCUCUCUCUCUCUCUCUCUAUAUAUAUAUAUACAUAUAUCAGCAAAUGCAAAUUUUGUACACACUCUUAGCACUUUGGGGGGGCUGCCCAACUUGAAAUCAAGCAACCAAAUGCAUAAACAGCUUAAACAAAGGGGUUUAAAGAAGCAAUAGACACCAAUCAAUCCUCUAGUUUUCUAAAACAGAAAAGGGAGCAUAGUAUAGUAGUGACUCAGUGAGUGGGGCCCAGGGAAAUUAAUCAUGAGCAUUUAGGGAAAUGCAUUCUCAAGGUGAGUACCAGCCUCAUUCUCAGGUGGAAUUUUGCCAACAAGUUAAAAGGCAGCUUAUUUUUUGAAAGUGUUCUCUAUUGGUUGAUUUUAUCUUCUUUAAGCUUGCUUUAAAGCAGUGAUGAUGUAAUGUAGUUUUCUUACAGUUGGGGUUUUCUACUUUAUAUAUGGAAUUUUAGUUUAUGAUGGUUUUAGUUGGGUGGUUUUAUCAUUUGAAUUCUGUACAAAUGGCAAAGAAUGAGGCCUCAGGAUACCUAAAUAAAUGAGAUGUAAAUACUGCUGAUUGGCUGGUUAGGUGAACAGUAGUCAGAUCCUGCACAGCAGUCCUACAAGACCACUUGAUAUGGCUUAUGAAUACAACGCAAUUUUAAAAAUAUUUUAUAAAAUCAGUAUUAAAAUAGCAGUUCCAAACACAGGUAGCAAAGAGUUCAGAGUCAGAAAAGAGCUGCUUUAAGUAAACAAAGGCAUUAUAUACUUUAUGAACAGUCCUAUAUCUGGAAUUUUGUUUGUGUGUUUGGUGGAUUUUGCUUCUAAAUUGAUUAUGUGAAAACCAUAGGACUUGCUUUUAAAAAUAAUUUUAAAAAUAUAUUUUUGAGAGUUACUUCUAGGAAUGGGCGAAUCUGCUAAUAUUUGUUUCUCUGGGUUUCUUAUUUUUCCAGUCUUAAGUUCAGUUUGUGAUUUUUUUUUUAGUUCUCAUGAAAAUUCAUCAGCAUUUUCGUAGAAAUUUCUCCUAAUAUACAGGGUUUCUUGAAUAUAAUUUUGCCCAAUAUACACAUUUUUGCAAAGCAAUUUCCCCUAAAAUAAUGCAUUUUUCUAUGUGAUCUUCAUGAAUAUAUGCAUUUUUAUGCACACUUUACCCUAGUAACGCAUUUUUGUACACAUUACUAGAAAACUGCCUUGCAAAACUCAAAGAAGUGCAAAUUUUCAGUGCUCAUGUUGUUUUGGAAAAUGCAAAUUAGAAAGGUUUAGCUUUAAAUGCAAACAGAAUCAAACAUUUCCCUCAUCUCUAAUACAUCCAAGGGAUAUUAUAUUGCACACCAAGGUCAGGCUUGGUGCAUUGUUAUUGCAUAGUGCGACAAGGACCGUUUCUCUGUAGCAUUAGCUUUUAGCAGGGGUGGGGGAACCUUUUUAAGCCUAAGGGCCACAUUGUCUUAUGGACAACUCUCUGGCAGCUGCAAAAGUGGGUGGAGCAACAGAUGUGACUAUUACCUUUAUCCAGAAGCUACAUUCCAGCCACAGAAAAGUCAGAGGUUCCUAUACACCCCUCUCUCUAUCCAGGCCAGCAAGAGGCAUCAUCCUUGUUCAAGGACACUUUCAGCUAAGCAAAAGCACUAGAGCAUGGAGCAGGACAGGUGAGGAACGGAGAUCUGGGAAGAAGGGUUGUUCCUUGUCCUGGUGGUGUUGCUUGCAGACAGUCCAAAGGGCUGGAAAUAGAGGCCCAAAGGGCUGCAUUUGACCUCUAGGCCCAGGGUUCCCCAACCCUAUCAUAGCUGGCUUUGAAAGGGGAAUAGAUAAACUCUUUUGAAAGGAUAUGUGCCAAGUACACUCUGGUGGGGCUCCUCCUCUCUCAGUGGGCCUUGUCAGGUUUCUCUGGGAAAGGCAGUGAGAUCAGCAACACUGACGCUGGAAUUGUCCACAGUGCUCCAGAGUGGUGCUGCCACACUGGGAGCAUUGUGCAAAAUUUAAAAUGGCACCUAAACGCUGCUGCUUGGAGCACCAGGCCAAGCCCCAAAUAUGCCGUGGACCCUACUAGGGUUUGGGGGCUACAGCAAGGAACCCAGAAAUUCCAGGUGCUGAUGCUACCAGUCCAAAGCAAACUAGUUUCACAAGCCUAACUUCUCCUAGCCCGCCUACUGGGCCUGUGAAAUAUACUCAGAGUCAAGAGUGGAUUUCAUGCUCUUUAUUCAGCUCAUAGUGGUGAGGAGGAAUGAAAGUCCCCUCAAAGUAUCUGCUUUAUAUACCUUAUUUACACAAUGGGCUGCACGUGAUUGGCUAAUUCCGGGAUUCUCCUGUACGCCAAUCAGGUUGUGGAUUCACUUCCAUCUGGAGCUGGAUUGGGUGGCUCCUGCAGACCAAUCAUGCGGCUGCAUUGUUCUAGGACCAAUCAGACUGCUGCAUUCUGAAUCCUAUUGUUCUAGGACCAAUCAGACUGCUGCAUUUUGGAUCCUAUUCAACUCAGUACAUAACAGCCUAUAAUACAGGUAGCUUGCAUCUCAUGUGAGGAUUCUGUUCCGGAUGGCCACAUAUAAAUGCAAAAACAUGUAGAGCCAGGAACCUCCCAGAACCGCCGUCAUGCCAUACUCAGCUUUGGGAAGCAGGUACAAGGGCUCUGGCAUGGUCCCAGAGCCUUCCCAACUGUCUGGUAAGCAGUUGCCUGGCUUUGGGGAGGAGACAGAGCACUCUAGGACCCUGCCAGAGACCUUGCAUCUCCUUUCCAAAGCCCAGGUCCUCACUUACCGGGCUUUGGGAAGGCCACAGCCCUCACACUGCCUUUGUCCUUUGUAAAGCUGGGUAAGCCCACCAUCAUAGCUUGGUGUGGAGGUGUGAGGGAGGGAAUAAUUGAAGAAUAAGUUUCCUCCACACGCCUUUUAUUUAUUUCCCCCCCCAACCCGCACAAAGCUGCAAUCAUGUAAGUAAAAUAAGUAGAAUUGUAGAGUUGGAAGAGACACUGAGGGUCAUCUAGUCCAACCCCCUGCAAUGCAGGAAUCUCAGCUAAAGUAUCCAUGACAGUUGGCCAGCCAAACUCUACUUAAAAACCUCCAAGGAAAGAGAGGCCACAACCUUCCGAGGAAGACCUUCCCACUGUUGAACAGCUCUGACUGUCAGAAAGUUUUUCCAGGUGCUUAGUGUAAGAUGCAAGUUACCAGUACAGUCAUACCUUGGACUCCAAACAUCCUGGAACUCGGAUGUUUUGGCUCCUGAACGCCACAAACCCGGAAGGGAUUGUUCCGGUUUGCAAAUGUUCUUUUGGAACCCGAAUGUCCAACGGGGCUUCUGCAGCUUCUGAUUGGCUGCAGAAGCUUCCUGCAGCCAACCAGAAGCUGCAAUUUGGUUUUCGAACAUUUUGGAACUUCCAAGGUAUGGAACUUCCAAAACGUUUUGGAACUUCCAAGGUCUGACUGUACUUUUCAGGGCGUCUCCCUCUCUCCUCACCCUCCAUUGCCACAGCCAAGCCUCGUCAUAAAGUGCACCCCACAGAUGUUCAGUUCAACCCUCCCCCCAAUUUCCUCAGACCCUUGGAAGGAGCUCCUUUGGAGGCUUCAUGAGAACUAAAGAAGAGCCUUGCUUGAUCAAGCCAAAGGUCCAUCUAGUCCAGCAUCCUAUUCUCACAGUGGCCAAACAGAUGCCCCAAUGAGAAGCUCAAAAGCAGGAAUUGGGUGCCACAGCUGCUCUCCCCACCUGCAGUUCCUCGCAACUGGCAUAUGGAAGCACAUUGCCUUUGACUGUAGAGGUAGAUCGUGGCUAGUAACCACUGACAGCCUUUUCCUCUGUGAAUUUGCCAAGGUGUGUGAAAUGGUGUAGGCUGGCUUUUCUCUCACUUUCUUUUGCGCUCCUCUGUUAGGAAUGCUCUCUGUUCCCUCUAGGUAAGGAUUCCUCCCCGUACUUCUGUUCACUGACAGCUGACUUUCCAGAAAGGCCUCGUCUCUCUCAAGUCGCGACCUGCUGCCUGUCUCUUCUGCAGCUACCAAGAACCACCCAGGCUGGCUGACAAAAACAAGCCCUGCCGUUCUCCCUCUCCCGCCUCUUAUCUCAGCUGAGGCUCUUACAUUUUUAUAUGGCAGCUAAAUAACCCCUCAUUUCCAUUACAAGUGCGUGCUUUUCCUCCUGUUUAUCUUCAUCUCCAAGGCCAGCCUUUCUCUUGGCCCUGAGGCCCAGGAUGCCUCAGGUAAGCUCACCAAAGCUAAAGAGGGUCAGGCCAGCUAUUAGCCAUUGAUGGUGGUGUGUGGGGAGGGGAGGGUUAGACAGUCAGAGCCAAACCCUUUAUCAGGCAUAGGAAGCAAUUCACAAGUCUCAGAGGCCUUUUCUCUCUCCCCUUCUCCUUCUCUGCGUCAAAGCUGAACCCAGAUUGCUCGCUCCAGAGAUAGGAGUGGGGGAGAAAUUUGGUUUGGCAUACAUUUUCAUGGAAACCUAUGAAAUUAUUUGAUCCAGUCUAAGUUGUUGUGUCCAUCAUUCAUAACCACUCAGGGAAGGCAGGAGUGCAGAGCCUGGGCACGCAAUAACUACAAAAAUGCACAUAUUAAGAUGCUUAUAUUAGUGAAUAUAAUAUGUGGAAAUGCACUAUAUUAGGGGAAAUUCCUUGCAAAAAUGUGUAAAUCAGGCAAAAUUCCAUACAAAAUAUGUGUAUAAUAAAGAUAAAUUAGCACUAAUAUGCUGGUGAAUUUUCCCAAGGACUUUAUUUUUUUAAGUAAAUGCAAACUGAUGUUGGACCACCCUAUGUUAAGGUAUUCAUUCAUUCAUUCAUUGGAGGUCACAGCUAUUAAACAGGUUAGGUAUUGGAUUCAAUUUGUACUGUAGACAUGAAAAGGGCUCAGUGAGUCUUAAACAAUCAUAUCCUGGGAUGGCUAUAGGUUUUUAAUGAAUGGCCUCCAAUAUUAAAGGGGAGGUUAAGGUUAAGGGUCCACGUCUGAGUGUGGCUUCUGAUUGGACAAUAGCCCAGAGCAAUAAUUCAUCCAGAGCUGCAACCAGCAGCACACUGGAAAUAAUUCUGGUUUCUAGUAUUUCUAACUGGUACAUUUAACUCCUGUGUAUAAUAUUAAUAUAAAUAAAUAAUUUCCGAUUAAUGUGGCUGAUGAAUUUUCUACUCCAACCUUCCAGUCUCCAAGCUAUAUUUGUGAAAGUAACCCCGUUCUCCUUGAGUAACGGAUACUGAGCAUGAUGUUAAUUUUUCCCCCCCACAGCCACCAGAGAGUCAGCCUUCGUUCAUGCUAUUGCCUCUGCCGGUGUGGCUUUUGCAGUGACCAGAUCCUGUGCGGAAGGAUCGGCCACCAUCUGUGGCUGUGACACACGGCACAAGGGUCCUCCAGGAGAAGGCUGGAAAUGGGGAGGCUGCAGCGAGGAUGUGGAGUUUGGGAGCAUGGUGUCUCGGGAGUUUGCGGAUGCACGAGAGAACAGGCCAGAUGCUCGGUCGGCCAUGAACAGACACAAUAAUGAAGCUGGAAGGACGGUAAGGAAAACUGUGGUUUUGUUCUAUUCCCUCAGUGGUGACUGCAACACUAUAAUAAUUUAGCAACUUGCUUCAGAUAUAAAAGCAGGCACCAAAUUACACAAUCAGUGAAUCCAGUUGAUCCUGUUCUCCUUGACUGCACCAUUUAAGGCUGCUAGGGGGCAAUCGUCUGGCUGACGAACUUUUCCUCCAUGGUCAGAGGAGGAGAGAAGAAAAAAAACAAGCAAGUUGCAUAGUCACCUACAAUCUCAUUGUUUUCACUAUACUUCUACUCUACAGCUAGCUAAGGUUUUACUGUCAAACAUAUUGGAAGCUGCCUUAUAACAAGUCAGACCCCUAGCUCAGUAUUAUUGUCCACAUUAGCAGCAGCUCUCAAUGAUUUCAGACAAGUCUUCCCCAGCCCUACCUGAAGAUGCCAGGGACCUUCUGCAUGCAAAGCACAUGCUCUUCCAAAUGUCAAAAAAGACAUCCCCAUAGUGACAACUUCAACAGUAACAGGUAAUGGUGGCAGGAACAUUCAGAUUGCUCUGUAGAGCAGAAAGGAUGAACCUCUGGCCUGUGGGUCUAAUUAGGCACAUCCAGAAGGACAUUAUGUCCAAGAUACACCCACCUGCCUUGCACCUGAUGUCAUAUGUGACAUCAGGUGUAGGGGAGGUAAAAGCCUGGCUCAGCUAAAAUGGGUUUUACCCCUAAUCUGCCUGAUUGAGUUUCAAAAUCUGACCUUACACAUUAAAAUCAGUUGGCAACUCUCAGGACAUGGACAUAACAAAAGUACUACAGUGAGGGAAGAUUUCUAGGUCCAGCAAAUGCACGAAUAUUAGACUGUAAACUGGUACUGUGCCAGCAUCCGAAAAUGCUGAGAUAUUUGUUGUAGCCAUUGGCAGAGCUGCGGCACACGCCUGACUUCCUGCCACAAGUGUCAUGGCUGUUUACCAAGGAGGGAAAGGGGUGAGGCCGGUGCUGUGCAAAUGUACCAGCGGAGCCAAUCUGUCAUUCCAGCUGGUGCAUUUGCACCGCAGCAACCAUGCUGCCACCUCUCUGCUCCCCCUCCAGGUAAACCACAGAGACAAUGACAGGAGGUUAGAUAAGCAGCACUGCACCACCAACAACUACUGGAUAAUUGGGAACUGCCAACCCUCCAAAGUUUAAAAAUGCCAUACUGAAUGUUUCCUCAUACUACAAACUAAUGUUGUCUCUCCUUCUUCUGCCUUCCUUGCCAUUCUCCCCCCCCCUUUCCUUUUUCAGUCUAUUAUUGACCACAUGCACCUCAAAUGCAAGUGUCACGGAUUGUCAGGCAGCUGUGAGGUAAAGACCUGUUGGUGGUCCCAGCCUGACUUCCGGGUUAUUGGCGACUACCUCAAGGACAAAUAUGACAGCGCUUCAGAAAUGGUGGUGGAGAAGCAUAGGGAGUCCCGCGGCUGGGUGGAGACACUGCGGCCCAAAUAUAACUUCUUCAAAGCACCAACCGAGAGGGAUUUGGUCUAUUAUGAGAACUCACCCAACUUCUGCGAGCCAAACCCUGAGACUGGCUCCUUUGGCACCCGCGACAGGAUCUGCAACGUCACUUCCCAUGGGAUUGAUGGUUGCGACCUCUUGUGCUGCGGGCGAGGACACAACACACGGACUGAGAAGAGGAAGGAGAAGUGCCAUUGCAUCUUCCAUUGGUGCUGCUACGUCAGCUGUCAGGAGUGCAUACGGGUCUAUGAUGUCCACACGUGCAAGUAAGAUGGGAUGGCCACGGAAAAAGAAUCAAAGAUUACUUUUUUCUAUAGGAGAAAGUUGACUUCUUGAGAUCCACACACACACACACACACACACUCACUCGCAGAAGCUAGCAUUGGUUGGCUAGAAUAGGUAUCAUUUCUUCUCGACCAUCACAUCUGGAUGUUAACCUUGCAAUUCCUGACAAACCGAGAUGCCAACCAACCAGCUGUUUUUGACCUUUUGCGCCACAAGAGACUGGUUUCUUUAACUAGUCAAGAACAUAGAGCUGGAUAGUGGAUGGCGAGCAGGUUUCCAGAAGGUUCUGGAGUGUCUGCUCUUUCCUUUCAACUCACAUGGCAAAGCUCGUGCUAUUAAGUGUCCUUUGAAUGUUGUGCGUCUUCCUGAAACAUGGCCUAUUUGUGCAUUAUGAGCAUGGAAGAAGCUUCUAGCGCAAUGACUCUUAAUGUUCCAGCCCAGCCUGUAGCUAAGUUUCUAUGUAUAGAAUUAACAACAGGUGGUGUGUUGUUGUUUUUAAAGGCCCUUGUUCAACCUCUCACAGGAACUGGAGGAACUUGCAAAUGACUCUUCACUCUGUGGAACUGCCAAACUUUGUAAUAUAUUCAAAUCCUGAACUGAUUGACGAUUCAGACAAUGCUUCUACUAUGGGAGAAGGAAACAGGAAGUGAGGUGGCACUUGUGUGUUAUGCUUGUUAAACAAUGUAAUCGACAGCCCACAACUGUGACAUUAUUUCCUAUGGUAAAAAUCCCAUAUAUAUACACACACACAUACACACACACACACACACACACACACACACUGUUACAUAUAUACAUACAUAUGUACACCAUCUCACAGUUUCAAGUGGAUACUGCUAAGGCACUGCUUAUUAGCCCACUUGUACUGGGUGGGAUUUUUGCCAUAGGAAAUAAUGUCACAGUUGUGGACUGUCUACUGCGAAUAUAACAUUGUGGCUUAAACAGUUGGCUCCCUCAGGAUCAACAGCCUCUGAGGACAAAAUGGCUGCCAGGCCUUACUGCAGGAGAUUGUUAAAUGACAUAAAAACACAGGAUUCAAUAGGAUAGGAAAUUAUACCCUUUCACCUUCAUACUAUGGGUCUUCAUCCAAGCCAUGCAAUACGAGAAGUGAAAUGUUGAAUGGGCAUUCUUUGGAGCCAUCAUGAAUGUUCAGGCAGGUUUCUGAUCAAUGAAACCAUUUCAGCCAGAGUUUCUCAACUGAUAUGUGCAAAUUGUCCUUUACCUAGACAUACCCCCUCAAGCAUAACCCCAGAAUGGCGUACCUGCAGUUCCCACAAAAUCAAAAAUUUGGUAACUGACUCAUUUUUUAUGUAGGUCAUGUUUUCAGAAGAAAAUCCUUCAAAGCUAACCUAUGGAGUUCGUACCAUUUCCAUUUUCCAGGGCAAAGAUGCACAUUUCCUCUUUUGUUCAUCGCAUGACUAUUUGUGUGAUCAGACCACUGAAACUGCAGACAUUGCAAACACUCUCCCCACCAUGGUUCAAUUUCCUCAGCAGAUACCUUGUUGGGGGUUUUCCUUGUUGAUAUAUACAGGGGUCAACAGAAGUCGUUCCAGUCAACAAAGCUGGCCUCCCACAUUGAGGACAUAGAUCUCUGAGGGGGCAGAAGUACCUGUCUUUCACUGGCACACUCCCCAAGUUCCUAGUGUGCCCUGCAACACUCAAGCAAAAGUUCUGGAAGCCCUUUCAAGAUGGAAUGAUGUGUUGGCUGUGGAGAUGUACUUGAGGGUGAAUACAGACAGCCAUUUACCUUAGCCUUACAAAGAUGUCCAGAAAAACCCAUUGAAAAUAUGCUGACUAGCCUUCCCACACAUUUCUGGAUUUAGCAUGUGUGGCAGGGAGAGCCAACCUGGUAUCUCCAAAUGUUAUUAAAUUCCAACCCCUAGCAACCCCAACCAGCUCUACUACUGAGCUACAGUCCAUGUAAAGGGAGGCAGAGAAGGGAAGGGAAAGCAUUAUUGGGAAGGGUGUCAACACAUCUUCUAUAAUCUCAACUACAGUGGUACCUCGGGUUACAGAGGCUUCAGGUUACAGACUCUGCUAACCCAGAAAUAGUACCUCAGGUUAAGAACUUUGCUUCAGGAUAAGAACAAAAAUUGCGUGGUGGUGGCGCGGCGGCAGCGGGAGGCCCCAUUAGCUAAAGUGGUACCUCAGGUUAAGAACAGUUUCAGGUUAAGAACAGACCUCCAGAACGAAUUAAGUUCUUAACCCAAGGUACCACUGUAAUGGUUUUAUAUAAAUCGGGGGUGGGGGAUAUGACAAGUUGAACCCAGUCAAAGUUGCAACUAUGACAAAGUUAAGCACACACUUAAUUCUCUCCUACUGAAAUGAGACUUUACAAGUUUCUCAGUGUCAGCAGGAUUGUGCCCCAAUACAAGUGUAGAUAUAUGCUGGACUAUGUGCUAAAUAGGCAUAGAUCUUUUCAGUGCCCUCGACGGACUUGAAAUGAAUUUUCUGUGCUCUUCCAGUGAUCACAGAUAGUUUAAAUGGUAGAGAGCUUAAGAAUCCCUCUGUAUUCACCCCAGGGCAGAAACACAGCUGCAAUCAUAGUGGAAAUAUGAUAUGUCGAGUCUCAAAAUGAAUGAGGUCCUCUUCAGUUGAGGUUGUUUCUUUUACUUUUGAUUAGACAUCUCUCUCCCUCUCAUUCCAGCGUCCCAGGAGGCUUUCAAAGGACCCUGGAGAAGGCUCAACAGCCCUGCUGAGAAACAUUUUAAAAUCCUUUUGUUUCCAUUUUUCCAGAACUCUCAACUCUAUUUAUUUGUAUUUAUUUGUGAUUGUGACUGACAUCUUGGAAUCAUCUCUCACUGUUACAAAUGGCCUUUCCCAGUCAGUAGCUCCUCAUUCUUUAGCUGGAAAGACAUCUCAGGGUGAAUAUGAGGAGCCUUAAUGUAGCACCAACCUUGUAGGGGCCCUUUGUAGGUCAGGAGGAGCUCCCAGGAAACCCGUACCCUGUUCCCAGGCAACCAUGGGCAGAACUACCUUGAUUCUGCAACUUUAUAAACCAAAUCUCUUGUGCUUAGCAGCCACUCUAGGCCCACACAGUCGCAAUCUAUGACAAGAGUAGCCAACAUUGUGCCUUCCAAGUGUUGCAAAUGCCCAACUCCCAUCAGCUUCUUCCAGCAUAUUCAAUAAUCAGGGCGGAAGGGGGUUGUAGUCCACAACAUCUGGACAGCACAAAGACCAGAAAACUGUGAUCCUCCAGAAGCUAUUUUUUGUUGCCCCACGAGAGAAUGGCAAAUGGUCAGGGAUAAUGGGAGCUGUAGUCCAACAACACAGGUUCUCGAUUUCUGACAUGGACUGUCACAGACCUGGUUUAGAUUGAGGUGGUAAAGCUGUAUUGCAACUGCAAGGGUGGGGUGGGUCACAAAAUGUCCUCUUAACAUCUAGUUUGUAUGUGUGUUGUGCAUGUGCUGAUACGAGGUAAUACUGUAGUCAAGUCUGAGGUGGUAGACCCCAAACAAAAAAUUUCGGCCUGUGUGAGAAUAAUGAGGUCACAGUCUUAAGAAUCUACCAUUCUUAGUGACAGAUUAUAUAGAUUGCAUGUCGGGUGUCUCCAGUCAGUAUUUUGUGGGAGGGAUUCAUGUGCAUACCAGCAAAUUUAGAUUUUUACAAUGAAAGGGGAUUAAAGAGUUUUGUUGUCCUAGAGCUGAAUCUACACCAUACAUUUAAAAGCACCUCCCAUCCCCAAAAAGGAAUCAUGGGAACUGUGGUUUGUUAAGGGUGCUGAGAAUGGUAGCUCAGUGAAGGGUAAACUAUAGCUCCCAGGUUUCUUUGGAGGAAGUCAUGAGCUUGAAAUGUGCAGUUAGGAAAGCAAUGCACUAAAAGGUGUGAGAUGAACAAAUGACUAAUGGGAAGACACAUGAACACCAUACAAGUAAAGCAGGAUGAAUGAUCAUUAUUGUAUAGCCUCCCUGCAAACAAAUCAGAAUGAACACUCAAUAAAGACCAGAUAAAAUCUAACUUCCUCAUGAAGUUUGUGCGAGCAAAUCAAGAUGAAUGCUGAAUAAAGAGGAGGAGUGCUGGUUAUUUUGUUGCUGUAAAUUAGCAGCCACAAUGGAUGAGGAAUGGGACCAUGGUGAACGGAACAGCAGGGUUUAACACUUUCUCCAUGUACUGUAAUCCUGAAACCCACCCACCACAUAUAUACUGAAUAUCUAGAAAUUGGAGCCGGAAAAUGGCGCCCCCAUCUGGAAUCUGUGGCCACUAGCAGCUGCUUCACAUUGCUUCAUGACUGGCCCAACUCAGAACAUCUUAGCAGUUGCCCCUAUUUCCUGUUCAGUCACCCUUUAUAAUGAACCCAUGUAUUAUCAAAAAUAAAGCAAACCCUGAAAUUCCAAAGCUAUUGUACAAAAGAAGAGUCGCCACCUUUCUCUCUUUAUCUUCCUCCCCCUCUUUGGUAUUUUGUUAAGUCUGAUGGGUUUUUUAUGAUUAUUUAUUUUAUGAAUAAAUGUAUAUAUUAGUAAGAGUAUAUAUUUGCAGAAAUAACUCCUUGGGAACAGUGUUGUCAAUCUGCUACUUCACUUGUCAUCUAAGUAAGGAGCGAUCUAGUGGAUCACAUGAAACUCAGCCUGAACAGGGCCUGCUACGAUCUCCCUGUGUUUAGAAAUAUCCUGCACACACUUUGGAGAUGCUUGUACAAUGCUGUUGAAAAUGGGGUGGCCCACCCUUUGCUCAAGUGGAUCCCUUCCAUUUGUGUGUUGCAGUCUUCAGAGUCCUGGAUCGUGGCCCCUUGUCUUUUUAUCCUGUUUUUUACCGACAACCUGAUAGCAAUGUCUUGUAUUUUUUUUUUUUACCAGUUAUGUUUCAUAGAUGUGUUUAACUUUAUAAUGAAAAUUAAAAAAUAUGCAUUAAUUUUAA